UCAGAGAGGAAUAUUUUUAUUGAUCAACACAGACACAUAUUCACAUGCACACUUUUGGAUGAAUUAUUUGGAGGUACAGUAUGUUAGCCUAAAAACCUCUGCUGUAGUUGAGUUUUAAUUUUAAUUUGAGUAUUAUCUUCUGUCGACUGCAUUUUGUUCCUGCAGCUUUUUUUUGCACUUCCAGUUGAAUUACAUUUGCAUAUAAAUGACAAGGCAAGUUUCUUUUUUCCGCUGAUGUGCUUCUCCUUCUGUCAGUGUGUGUUCUGCAGAACAGACUACAUUUAUCAUCAAAUUAACUCACAUUAAAUACCCCUCAGCAAGGUGCAGCGGAAAUUUAUGCACAAACUAUGCAAAUGGGGCUCAAACGCACGCUCUCAUCCGUAAACUGACACUGGUGCAUUAGAUUUUGAGAUGCACGUCAUCAUUCCUACACUUCCACAUUUAAUUCAGGAGGCAGGAAGAGCUAUUUUUAGUCUCCCCGUAUCACCAAAACCUCCUCUCCUCUCUCUCUCUCUGCCUGCUCCUUUAACUGCAGAUUCUCAGCGCAAAACGAGCACUUUGCCCUGCAAUAAAAAUAUACGAGAGGGGAAGAGAUGCGGGAAAGACCAAAUUGUUGCUAUAUUGGACCAUCCACCGGUGCAGCUGCUCUAUUUUUAGCCGGGAACUACAUCAGCUCUCACUGCUGCAGACACCAGCGUGAGGGGAAAUCACCACCAGCGCUGCUGUUUGCUGCUGCUGCUGCUGCUGUCUUCAACACAAAAGCACUGACAUUUUCACUCCUGCAAAUUAACUGGAGACACUGGAGGGGGGGGGGGGAUCAUAUCUGCUGCUGCUGCACGUGUAUGUUCAUGUGUGUGUGUGUGUGUGUGUGUGUGUGUGUGUGUGUGAGAGAGAGAGAGAGAGCUCAGAAAGUAAACAGAGAGCAAAUGUUGUCAAAUGAUUUUUGGAGACUGAAGCUGUCAAUCUGAAAAACGCACAUCUGAAGCUUUUCUGUUCAUCCUGUAGGAGCGCAGGAUCACCAGAAACCCUGAUUGAGGCACCGCAGGUGGUCCGAGAGGGAGAGAGAGAGAGAGAGAGAGAGAGAGAGAGAGAGAGAGAGAGAGAGAGAGAGAGAGAGAGAGAGAGAGGCGUGCUGCAUAUUGGUCGGGCUACUUUCCUGACGACACACCAACAAUCGUCAACCUGUGGAUAGGGCGCGCUCGCUCGGCGCUCUGCUGUCUCCAGUGCCACCCUCUCCCCCCCUCCUCUGACACCGUUAAACCAGGACGCAUGAACCGGGAGGGGGUGCAGGGUUCGAGAGGGACCGGAAAGUUGAGUGGCUCGUGCGCCAUCCCCGCUUCAUGAAUGGCCGGAACAUGGAGGAGGAGGUGCCAUUCGAAAGAGUCAAGACCCGGCGGAGGAUGGGUCACUGCCCGGCCGGUGCGCCCCUGGGCGCCAUCGCCUGCGAGGACGAGUUCAACAGCCACGAGCUGGAGGCUCUGUUCCAGAACUACAACCUGAAGCUGGAGCAGACCGCCACCCUCAAAGCGCUGGCGGUGCUGAUCGUGGCGGCGUCGUCGCUGUCCCUGGUGGAGCUGCUGUCCAGCCCGCGUCUCACCUUGUCCAAGGGCUCGUACCCGGUGCACUGCGUGGUGUUUCUGUCGCUCUUCAUCGUCACCAACGUCAAGUACCUGCAGGUGACGCAGCUGCAGCAGAUCGCCAAGCUGACGCUGCUCUUCAGCUUCACCUUUGCGCUGCUCUGCUGCCCGUUCCCGCUGGCCCUCGGCACGUCGGAGCUGGUGAAAAAGGGAGCCCCUGAACAAGGCGUGUGGCAGCUCAUGCUGGUCACCCUCGUGGCUUACGUGCUGCUGCCCGUGCGGACGCUGCUGGCGGUGCUGUUCGGGGUGAUGCUGGCUGCAUCCCACUUCAUUGUCAUAGCGACGUCGGUCACGGGGAGGAAACAGAGGCUGUGGAGACCGGUAAGUGCUGCACCCUCAGACAACAAGUCUCUCACGGUUUGUUAACUGCGAUCAGAUCAAAUGAGGCAGACCCCCAACCCACUAAAAAAACUCCAGAGUGGGAGUCUGCAGGUUGACCUGGAAGCUCCCCGCUGGGCUCUGGAGUCAAACUGUGUGAAUGUGAACCGGAGCAGCUUACUCAUCCAUCAGAGGACAGAGUGUAAACAGCCUCACUGAUCGAUCCUGGAGCUCCGAGUCUGGAAACGCGUAAAAAGUUUCGAGGAGCUGUCCAGCAGCUGGUGCUGAAACUGGAUCCUGCUGAGACAACUCAGGGAUCCCUGCUUUUUUUGAAGAAAUGAGGAUGUUUUUAAAGAUAUUAAUGGUUUUAAAAGGUUCUCAGUUGAGAAGAAGCUAAAGUUAGGACCCCUUCUCUGGUUAUAAAUAUCACGUGGGAGCCGAGCAGGUCAUGUAGAGAUGAGGCAGGUCAAGGCAGCUUUAUGGAAAACAUUUCACAGACUAGGACUGUUUCAGACAGGAGAGGAAGAUUAAUAUUAGGAGAAACAAAUGAUUUAACAGUGCACAAAUCAGACAAAGCUGAAGUGCAGUCAAAUUUGUCAGGAUUUAAUGGCUAAUUCUUCCUCUUUAAAUUGAUUGUUUGGUUGUUUAAAAGUGAGGACUGUCAAAGCGUCAGAAAAAUGAAUGAGAUUUGGUGCAGCAGGACGGUAUUUUGUUUGCUUUUCAAUCCUGUUUAGUGUCCGUGGCCCCCUGAGAUUUAUCCUGACCUUAUAAGACACCAACAUUCCUGGGAUUCAUAAGAGUUUCUCAGACCUCGUGCAUCAAAUGCAUUUACAUAAUGCAUUAAAUCAGCGGUUGUUAACCUUCUGAGGCCUUUAACUCUUUUGAAAUGAAGCGAUGUCGACUCGUGACUGCUCGCUGCAGGAUGAAACCAGAGAGCGGGUAGUUUUAUGUUUUAUUUUCAAGGCCCGAGGAGAAAAAUUUGCAAGUGAUUCUGUGAAAAACUAACAGAGAUUAGAGGAAAGUCUGAAGGGAUCAGCAGAAGUUUGUGCAGCAGCAUUAGUGAGGUUUAUUCUGUGGUUUCUUGUUACAGUGUGAGCUGCAGUGAGUCUUAUUUAUGAGACGGUAGGGGGUCUAAAGUGCCAUCCAUCUGGCUGCGCUGGAUUAGAGUGUUUCUGUGACCUUUGACCUCUUAACCUUUCAGGAAUCGACAGCACAAAGUGGCCACAGAGUUCAUCUUAUAAAUGAAGUGCUCGGCCGGAUCAAUAGCUCUGAUCAUUAGCCAAUAAUGCACCUCAUCGCUCAGCUUUUCCACUGGAGAGCUUUUGUUCUUGAAGUCACACCUACGAUUCGUAUCGUAAUCGAUGUGCCGACCUUGAUGUCUGCCGUUCAAUCCAUGCCGUGGAUUAAUCACGGAUUGUGGAGUCUAAUCUCAGGGUGUAUGAAGCGCACAUAUGGACAUGUGUGUUCCUCCAGGCCCACACUGCACACACACCCACACUCACACACACUGUUUGUUUGACAUGUCUGUUCUUGUUUGCGUGCAGCUGGUGGCGAACGCCGUGCUGUUCACCAGCGUCAACUUGUCCGGGGUGUUUGUGAGGAUUCUCACCGAGCGCACCCAGAGGAAAGUCUUCCUGCAGGCCCGAAACUGCAUCGAGGAGAGGCUGAGGCUGGAGGAUGAGAACGAGAAACAGGUGAGGCGUUAAUUAAUGCACACACACACACACAAACACACACACACAGGCAGAGGCAGACGAGCUGACGGGUGAAAUUCACAAAAAGAUGUUUAAAAAUAGCUACAACUUGAUUUGCAUCGGGUCAUUUCUGCAGGGAUGCAUCUAAAAAAGCAGAAUGACAAACUCAAAUGAGGAGAAAACACCUAAACAACUUAAUUAGACUCAACAAAUAACAUAAUCAGUUUAUUUACCUUGUACAUUGCAGGAUUACAACAAAUAAAAGCCAUAAAAUCCUGAUUUUAUUUAAAAAAUUUUCUUAGUUUAGGUCAGAAGAAGCCAAAUUUAAUAAAAACCGAAGUCUUCAUGGCUGAGAGAUAAUGUUUUUACAGAUCUGUCAUAAAAAAAAGUGAGAUACAAUGAACCUUUGAACCGUAAAAGACAGGCAGGGUGUUGUUUUGAUAAAAUAAUGUUGUGUUUGACAUUUUAAAACAUCUCCAAAAAUCUCCUCGGCGUCAAAACAGACACUGGAAUUGAGUUAACGUCCAAAAUGAUUCAUCAGAGACGGUUUUAUUCAGUCUCAAUCUGCCAAACUCGAUCCCCUCCAGUCUUAAAGGCAAACCUUUCAAUGAGUGUAAACGCUAAGUGAUCGGUUUGAGAUGGUUAAGAGGCUGGAAUUGCUCCACAGGUUGAUGAUUGAGUGUUUGUUGUUCGGAGCAGUAAAAACUGAGGGUUGCCUCAGCGUUUUUUAGGAUUUUUAAAAUGAAGACAGUAAGAGAGAGGAAGAUAAAAUGUGAGGCAGUCGGUGUAAUAAGAAGUUGUUAAAUUAUGUAAGGCCUGCAGAUGAGUUAAAGGAGAUCAAUUUGACUUGGGGAUAGAAGAAACCAGAGUGAUGAAGAGAUCUGUGAAAAUCAAGCCUGCAGCAUCCCCGAAUAACACGACUUUACUGAACGUAAAAGAGAGUUAUGAUGAUUGAAGCAGCUGAUAAUUAAAGGUACAGUACGUAGAAAUGGGAAUAUCUAGCUGUCAGAUUCUAGAUUGAAAGCUCCCUCAUUUACUACAAACAGAAGUAGUAUAAGCCUCUUAAACUGGCCUCGCAUCCCGGGACUAAUGGACCUUUGAGAACAGGUCUGGGACUACGUUUACACCUGCCUGGCUAUUUCAUAAACGGACAUUUCACUCUCUCUGUUUACAUAAAAAAUUGUGUGUUCACCACUACGUUUUCAGAAAAGUUUCUGUUUACUUGAACCUGUGUAUAUAUGCCAUCAAGAGCAUGCCAAACCAGUAGCGAGAUGCUCAAGCCCACAUUAGCCAAUCAGAAUCCCGCAUAGCAACAACAACAACAACGUCACUUCCUUCUGUCGUACAAUCUGCCGUGUUCCGUGUUCUGGGCACGUCCAACUGGGAGGAGAUCUUGGGGUGUAGGUCCAGAGCAGUCACAGUCUGUGAACAUCUAGAAAAUGCCGCUAUAUUUUAGAGCCAGUUCCACUUCUAAAUACUAGACCUUCAUUGGUUGGGUGUGCUGAAGUUGGACCCACCUGUUGGACAAAAUCACUAUCUGAUCUGGCUGAUGGUUCCAGUGAUGCUCUGCUAAUUAUGAUCAUGCAUUUACUGGUUUGUCUGUUUUGUGCUACGGUAGAAAGAUAGAAGUGCGAGUUGGUUUUUAUAUGUAGGAGAUCAAGUGAUAAUUUUAAAGCUGCUGCAAGGAGCUUUUGAUUUGUGUGGGUUUUGGCGCCCCCUGUGGACAAAGUGAUACUUCUUAUCUCUUGUCCUGCAUGUGUUAAAGUUCUCAAAGUAUCCUGUUUCGUUCUCUGUGGAAAACUUUUAAAAAAGUCAGUCGCUCAGGCACUAAAAGUUAAGACUUAUGUGGCGACCACACCAAGCGCGAGUAAAAUCAUCUACUCACUUAAUUCGCGUGAAUGUAGACGCGUAAAUGAAUAGUUUUUACUCAUUUCAUUUGCAUGUCAAUGGUAAUUUCAACGGUAAUCCCUGCCAAUUUAACCGGUGGGAUCAAGUGAUAGACAAAGGUUUUUUACAAUUUACCAGGUAAUCCGACCUCCUCACUCACUUGCCACCUUUCUAUUCCAGUUUCAGUAAUUAAAAGAAAAGGUAUCAUAUAAUUUGGAAACCAGUGAGCAACGUUCCGUUUUCAUACGUCACCUGGCAACCUUAUCAGGACACGAAUAUCCGCUAAAGUUGAGGCAUUUUCAGCCAUUCACGCCGCCAGAGUAGUAGGAGCGUCUGAUCGCGUCUUUGCAUUGACUUAACAUGUAAUUCAUUCGCGCGAAUGGUUUUACUCUUGCUUUGUGUGAGGACACAGUAAGAAAUGUUCAGCCUUGUUGCUGCUGGUCUGGUUUGAUUUUGAGGAUCACAAAGAAACAUCACCAUCCGUUUAAUGCUCCAUCUCAACCAGUUAAAAACUCCCAACUGUACCUUUAAACAAACUGAGGGGUGUUAUAUUCCUCUGUUAAUCACACUAAAUAAGGACAUAGCAUCUUCUGGUUUAAAAUUAUUCUCCCAAAGUUUUUCCACCUCGUCUUUGGACACGUAUGUUGGUGAAAUCUUCACAGUCUCUGAAGAAGUUUUUUUUUUUAAAGGUUUCAGGUGCCAAUGUAUUCUAACAACCUGCCCACAGGCACGCAGUAACUAUGACAGCAGCUAUUUAAGGAAAGAACAAUUACUGUGGCACAUGCACCGGCACUGCCACACAUGCCUCCCCCUCCACACACACACACACACACACACACACACACACACACACACACACGCACGCACACCUACAUGUAACAAUUUAACAAAGGAGCAAUCAGGCAACUUUCACACACAGAAACACUUUGUUAUGCGCCGCACCCCCCUCACCUGCCAUGUGCACGAAAAAACCCACCUUUACCGGCUGUUAAACAGAAUUAAUUAUCCCGUAUAUGUAAUGUGACUCCGUACACGUCUCACCUUCAUCUGCAGCACGCUCGCCAGCGCACAUGCACACUUUUAGCACCUGUGCUUUGUAGAUUAGAUGAUGAUACACUGUGUUUUCCCCAGCAGUAACAGGCUCCCUUCUGACAGGUAAUUACACAAGCAGAUUGCUUUCAUGGCCUCACUACUCCACUAAAGGUCACGGUUUAUCUGGGUGAGUGAAACACACACGAACCUCUGAUUGGGAUCCAUCAACAGGCAGCAAAACGGGCACAAAACUGUCUCAGAUGUAAAUUUCACACAUCAAACGAGCCUCUGCUUAUCUCCCGGAUGUUUUCUCAGGUUUGUGCUUUGAGCCGGAUCCAUAGGAUGUAUUGAUCCCUGAACAUGUGUGGGCUGUGUGCUGUAUGUCUGGAUGUCUAAAUUGACUUCUCAGCUCAAUAGCAAUCUAGGAAACCGGGGAUGAUGGGUAGUUUUCUAGUAAACUCAUAAGGAGAGACGGCAUUCCUGGAAAAACACUGAAAAAGACCGCGCUUAGCACAAAGACGGUACAAACUGAGUCUGAUAGUUUGACGCAGUCUCGCCCGUUUGACUGCAACACUUUCACGUUUGUCUUGAACAUUUUAGCUGCAGGGAGGUUUCUUUAGUGUUCAUGGAGACGGAUCUGAUGGCAGACAAGCUACAAAUGCCAAAUUAACCCCUUAACCUGCAUGGAUUAAGGGUUACCCACCAAACACCCAACAACAUUUAGCCGUCUUUUUUCAGGGUGAAUCACGUUGGCCCAUCAUGGCCGUAAUUUAGCCCAAAAAAAGACGUUGAAACUGGGCUUUAUUUAGACGGUCUGAAUCCAGACGGUGUUUAGACGUAUGGUGGGGGGUUUGUGUGUGGCAUCAUCUCGUUCAGCCGCCAUAACUGUGUUGGCGAACUCAACGUCUGCCGCUGUCUGCAGACCACGUGGGCAGCUGGAUUAAACACGCUACACAGCUGCUAAUGGAGCUAACUAAAUCACAUGAUCUUAGCAAAAGUUAUCAUAUUAGACGUCAGUUACAAAAGCAUGAUACGCUCCUGUGAGGAUUUUUUUUACAUUGAUGAAUUCACAAAAAUUCAUAUUAAUCAGUGACAAGACUGAAAAUGUAAAUCAGGGUGUAAAAUAUCCUCCUUGAGUGAGGUUCUUUGUUUAGUAAAUUCAGCAGACAGUUGGUCCAUAACCAUCACCGCAGCUGCAGGUUUUUCGGGUGUCGCAGGAGCUUCUGCUGUUGUCGGAGUAUUGCUAGCUGUAAAAGGUGCUAGCUUGCCUGCAGCACGUGUGGCCGGAGUUUCUACGUUAACUGAUUUCGCGUGUUUAGAAGUGCUCAUUUCUACGGAAUAAGUUAAACUGACUUUAGAUUAUUAUGUCAAAAUCUGUACAGAAAACUUGUUAUUAUAGGAGGUUAACAAAAAGUGAACCGGGAGCCUUCGUGUGUACGUCCUCUCCUUACAUGUCACAAUUGGAAGUCCAAGACUGACAAUUUAAAUAUCGUAGUAUUGACGCCUUGUUCACUGAUGCAUCUUAAACAGAAGGAUGUAUCUGCUGGUGCCUUUUCAAAGCUAUAAUCCCAUUAAAGUUAAUUUGUAAAAAUCAGCUGUCUAUGAUAAACAGAAGCUGCUAUUUUUGUUUUGGUGCAUCGACCAAUCAGAGGACAUAUCUGCCAUCAGCUAAUUGUCUAAUCAGAAGCAAGUCUUUCAUGUCUCAGUAGAGCAGAGAAGUUAAUAAAACUCAUAUUGACAUGUAUAGUUAAAGCUCCUAUCAGGAACUUUCAACUUGUUUCAGUUUGGCGCCCCCUGUGGACAAAGCCUGUCUUGUUCCCUACAUGCUUAAAUGGCAUAUAGAAAAUAAACAAUCAUGCUGCGGAUGUUCUCUCUUGCCUUUGCACAUCAUAGAAAAGCAGUUUAUUCCAUUAUGUCAGAAAAACGCUUUAAUUCAGAACUCCUCGGUCCAUUUUUUCCCACUCAGAAAAUUUUCAGGUUUUAAUAAGAGAGACUAUAAAGAAUUGGAUCCAUCCCCCCCCCCAUCAUGAGACACCCACUCAUGCUUUGGGAACCUCUGGUUUACUUGAAGAAAACUUCAGACAUCUACACUCAACAUAAAAAAUUCUCAUAACAUGAAAAAGAUGAUUUCUCUCAGGGGUUAUAUAUAACUUAUAAGGGUUGGAUUUCUUGAGUUUGAAACUGUGGAGAGGUUAAAGGAGAGUUUCCCCCCCUCAUCUUUGUCUGCAGGGUUGUAUUAUUAACAUUAACGUGAGGGGAAAGUGAGCCAGUGGUUCAUUAAUAAUCCACUAUGAGGAGAGCCGUAUUCAAACAGAGCACACAGUGAAUUAAGCUCGGGACAGAUCAGAGAAAUGGGAACCACUGAUGUGCGAUUAAAACACGCUUGAGAAGGAGAUUAAAAGAGCCGGUGAUUUAAAUUUCUGAAUAUUUAAAAAAAAGUACCUUCACACUCCAGCUGGGAUUUCUCUUACACCUGACAGAGAUGCGUAUCAGUGCAGAAAGCUGACACAGAAGCACAUAUGUACAGACGGCCUGACUCACACUCUCACAUCAGAAAGUGUGAGGCUGUUUGUGAGAGCGGCGCUCCCGUUUGUAUUCACAGGUGAGGGAGGAGAAGCCUGAUGUGUGAAUGGACGUCUGGAGAGCGACACUCCAACUGCUUUUAUAACCCCGGCCUCUCAGCGUCCAUUCAGGAGAGCCGCCUGAUGAUUCACCGCACAUUCACGAGCGUUAGACAUCCUGCUGCAGUCGCUCUUAAAGCUGCUGUAACUGAGACGAUUCACACAAACAGAAACUAACGUACUGAUUUGUGUAAAUGUUACUACAGGCUGGAGCUGAGGAGAUUAGAAGAUUAAUCCAUCUAUUAACCCUUUGUAUCUUACAUCUGAGCCUUUGAUAUGAGAGCUUUUAACCCGUCAGACAGAGAUGUCUGCUCAGAGAGGACAAUAAUCUGUACGGUCUCAGUAGUUAACCUAUCAGAUUAUGAAUGCAUCAGCUUUUAAAUGUAACAUCAACUCAAAACAUGUCUUUAAAGUGUUGAUUUAGCUGAAUUUUAACUUGGUUUUAAACAUUACUGCUGUGAAUCAGCAAUUGUUUUGUGCUGUACUUAAGUAUAAAUACAAGUACAUACUCUACUACAGUAUUUUCCAACUAUUAAUAUCAAACUGUACUGGAGAGUAUCCCACUGUACCGUGUUUUAUUGUGUUGUAUCAUAUAUCGUACUGCAUCAUAUCAAAUCAUAAUGUCAUAUCAUGAAAUAUCACAUCCUUUAAAAUCGUAUCAUAACAUAUCAUAUCAUAUCUUGGUUCUAAUCGUAUCAUAUCAUAGAAUAUGUUUCUUAUUGUAUCAUAUCAUAUUAUAUCUUGGUUUUUAUCAUAUCAUAUCAUGUUUCUCAUUUUAUCAUAUAUCUUGUUUCUUAUCAUAUCAUAUGCCAUCUUAAAGGUUAGCCUCUUCUUGUAUUGUAUCUUAUCGUAUCGUAUCAUAUCAUAUCAUAACAUAUUUCUUAUUGUAUCGUAUCAUAUCAUAUCUUGGUUCUUAUUUUAUUAUAUUAUAUCUUGGUUCUUAUCACAUCAUAUCCUAUCAUAUGCCGUCUUAAAGUAUAGCCUCUUCUCCUACUGUAUCUCAUGGCUUCGUAUCAUAUAAUGUCAUAAUGUAUUGUAUCGUAUCUUAUCAUAUCACAUGGUAUUAUAUCAUGUUGUAUCAUAUUCUAUCAAUCAUAUAUAUCAUCUAAUAUUGAAUCAUAUCUCACAAUCAUAUCACAUUAUUUUGUAAUGUUUUGGUUCCCCUGGUGUAGUAUUAUACAGUUUUGUUUCAUAUUCUGUUAUGUUGCAUUGUAACAUACUGUAUCUUUGCAAUCACACCCUAUUGUAUUGCAUCAGAUUACAUCACUGGAUGGAGUCCCAUAUUGUUUUCUAUCCAGUCAAAUACUCCUCAAAAACUUAAGUAGAAGCUGAAUCAGUGUGAACUCGAAGCCCCAUCAGCGACGUCGCCUUUCGACGACAUUCCCGGUGUCCCCUCUUCACACUAAUUAAGCAGCAGUUCAGUCCACGUCCUCGGGCGUCUUCUCCCUUUUCUCCUUUACAAUAACUGCUGCUUCACACUGUCAGCUCUAACUCCAACACAGUACAGUGGGAUUCAGUCAGCAUGGUAUCCUGUUCAAACUGUAAAAACCAGGCUGGAGAGCGCCGCCCUGGUUCAGUGAUUGAUAUCUUUGAUGAUGCAAACACAGAACUGUCUUGACUUGGAUUUUGCCUCAUCAUAAACUGCACGAGUUAACUUAAAAGUCCUUGUGAGGCUCAGGAUGGGAUCUGCUCUGUGUUGUUGGCAUAUCAUCAGUUCAUAACUUCCUUAUUGAUCAGCACCUGACAUGUCAUUGAUGGCUUUCAUGGUUUGGUCUUUGGUCAUUAAAGCCUGAGUUGAGGGUGGGUCUUCUGCAGGUUCAAAAGUAGAGGACCAGAACAGAAAGUGCACUUCCUCUCCGGAGUCUAGUUAUUAGUUUUGGUUUAUAAUCAAUGGUUAUUGACGACUACUGCAGCAUUGCUUGAUUAAAAAACCUCCAUCAGUGCCAAACCAACCUGCGGCUCCAGGAUAAAUAAACUUAGAUACUCUCAAUUAUAACUGCAAUGAUAUCAAUUUAACUGGAUAACUAACUUAUGAGUAAAUAACAAAAAUCAAUAACAAUAACUCCAACAGACGGGGAAAUGGAGGGACAUAUUUCAGAGCUCAUUAGCUGAAGUUUGACGAUUGAACCACUUCUUAGAGACGCUAGCCUGCGUGACGAAUGACUCCAUUUUCAAACCGUCUUUGUUGACCGAUAACGUCAACACACACACAGACACAGUCUCCAGAAAACGCUUUAUGACUUUAGAAGCAGCUGCAUGACACACACUGUACAUUUAUAUCUCUGUUAAUGCAGCUCUGACUCUUCCUCCUCCUCCUCCUCUGUUUUAACCCCUCCCUCCCCAGGAGCGGCUGCUAAUGAGCCUUCUGCCCAGGAAUGUUGCCAUGGAGAUGAAGGAGGACUUCCUGAAGCCGCCUGAGCGGAUCUUUCACAAGAUCUACAUCCAACGUCAUGACAAUGUCAGGUAUGGGGGUGUCAUGACAACAGUGGAUGGUGGAGGUGUGCGUAGAGGCCGGGGCGUUUUGAUCCAGGUGUCACCUGCUGUGACGUCAGGGUCCAGAACAGAAGGAGAGCAAUUAAGAUUGGACGUUAACGGGGACGCAACCAGACCAGGUGAAGGACCUGCAGAGAGAAAACAGAGACUCCUCAGACUCAGAGAGAGGUUUUAAAGAAAGCACUGACUUUCUCUUUAAUGAUCAAAUAUUAAAACUCUCACUGGUGAGGUUUCACCAACAAAUGUUUUCCAGUGUAGGUAAAAAGCUCCAUCAAAAAUGCAGGAGAGGCAGUUUCACAGUUAUCUACGCUGGAAUGAUGCAUCAGAAGCGGCUCGAGGUUUAUCUGUGCAUGAAUCUGCGGCUCCGCUUAGUUUUACUGAAGUUUGUAAGAGGAACAAUAUAAAGCAGCUCUUAGCAGCGUCUUGAAUGCAAAUCAGAAAGUCUGUGACAUCGAAAGGAAAUUGCUUUUAACUUGUUCUUAUUGCAUUAACUUUGGCAGACUUAAUUUGGGUAUAAUAACAUCUCCAAACAGAUCUGCAAGCCUGCAAGACCGUUCGUAUAGUUCCUGGAGGCUGUGUCAUCAUCAGGAGAAAGACCGUCGCAGCCUGAAUGACCUGCUCCCUACCGUGAUUUGAUAAUUCUUUAACAGAGGGUCAUUUUCUGAUAAAAUCCUACGAGUUUGCAUAAUGACUCUGAAAAAAAUAGAAGAGUAUGAACAAGUCAAUCAGCCUCCAAUCAUAGAGAGAAGUGAAGAGGUGUUCAUAUUCCUGAUGUCAGCAAGAAUUAAGUCAUGCAAAGACCUGUCAAGCUGAUUUCAUUAAGCUCCACAAAGAGGGUGUUUAUUCCUUACAGAACUAUAAGCAUGAAGUUCUCCUUGAGUUGUUUCAGGGAACUUUCUGGAAACAGGAUACAGAAAUCCUCUAAACCCUCAGGAUUGUCUUCUUGCAGGCUUAACUCUGAAAAGUACGUCCAACUGUGUGCAGGAAGCUCAAUCUGUGGUCGGCUCUGAGAAGAAAACAUCGUCACAUCGUCAGCAUAUUGACUCACUUCAUGUAAAUAAGACUAAUCCUUAUCAACGCAUAAGAAAGUGAAUACUUUUUUUUUUUUUAAACAAUAUUUUUAUUCGUUUUUCAUCAUACAGGAACACAAAGUUAUACAAUUAAUAAUGGCAAAUAUUUUUCAUUAGAUCAACUCAGAAACAAAGAUGAAAAUAAUAAUAUAUAAAACCCAAAAUAAUAAUAAUAAUGAUAAUAAGAAAAAAAUUAACAAAAAUAUUAACAAAAAAAUCUAUAUAUAUGUAUCCAAAAAAUAAAUAUAAAUUAAUAUAAUAAAUAAAAACACAUAAAUGAAAAUAAAUGAAUAAAUAAAGUUAUUAAAAAAAAAAAUAAUAAUGUCACACUUGCGUACAAUUAUGACAUUAUUGUUGCCUGUGAAUUUCCAUCAAGGAAAAAAAAGUGAAUACUUAAUGAGUCAGUAAAAAGUCCAUUCUUAAAUCCUGAAUCACAAAUUUAGCAAAUGAUUAUUGUUAUAGACGAGUACGGUGGCCAAGAGGUCAACUGCAGAUUUUAUCAUCACUGCAAAUAACGUUUCACUGUUAGAUUUGUGUCUUUUCUUUUCUUUUGUUUUUGAUGACGUACUUUUGAAAUCCUUUCUUCUUUUUCUAAAUAGUUUUCUGCGGUCAUGACAGGAUUUUGCCGUCGACCUUCAGGGCGACUGUAGACCAUUUUUUAAGAGCUGCUUCUGUCAAACCCGAUGAUAAAACUCAGGGCUUCAUGUUUUUAUUGGACAAGAAACUGUAAAACUUCCUAUAACUCAUCAGAAAUUGUUUGUCAUUUAUCAGUUUUGUUGCAGCUUUCAUUCCUCAUUUCUCAUUUCUCAUUUGUUUUGUUUCGGGGAGCUUGCGAGGUGCUCUCUUUUUUUAGUAACCAUCAUGCUUUUGGAGCCACAUCCCCGAGCGUUCCUAUCAGCCUCUUCAGCAGCCACCUCUGUUGGCCCCGUAAUGGAGAAAAUAUUAGCGAGCGUGAGAACUGGGCCUGACUUUGAGCUGAUUACAAUCCAACGAGGCAGUAAAGAGAAGCUGAGAGCGGCAUCAGUGCUGCUGCUGAGUAUGAGUGGAGGGCUAGGUAGCAUGUCAACAGCACUCCUGUCAAAAGACAAUCCUCUCCACCCUCUCUCUCUCUCUCUCUCUCUCUCUCUCUCUCUUUCUCUCUGUCUGCUUUUCUCCCACGCUCAGCCACAGCGCGGGAACAUCACCGCCUGUUUUCCAGCCUUGCUGCCUCUCUGGCACUCAUCCAAACAUCACGCCGCUGCACACAGCGAGCCAGCUCCCGCGCGUCUCCGGGGAGCUGCUACAAACACACACACCUUCACACAUGGCGGGAGGAAAAGAAACAUCAGCUCUAUUUUGCCGAGCAGGGGCGUGACAUCUCCCUGAUACGGCCUUCCUCUGAUGUGGCCCCGAGAACGUUUGAUCACAUACCUAUUUAGCUUCGCCGCAGCCGCCGCCGCUCUGCUCCCCCAUCAUAUUACUCCCCCUCCUCUACGCCCACCACACACAGCUUCAUUCAAAGACAAGUCACUCAUGGGAGCUCUUCUGUCGAGCAGCAGUCGUGAUCCCGGCUUUACAUACAUUAGGAUCCUGAGCAGCUGUACCGCAGUCUGCAGCUCAAAAAAAAAGGACUCAGUCACGAUGCAAACGGAGCUGGGUGUCAAAAACCUGGACUUCAUGGUGACUAGACAAAAGUUUCACCGAUGCAAAGUCUGUGAAAGGGUCAAGAGGUGAAAUCUGGCUCUGAAAAACAAUCACAACUAUCGGCAAUGUGCUCACAACGCAAAUGGAAAGUCUCUUCUUAUACCUUAAAAACUGAUGCAUCAGGACACUUAGUUUCAUACUUUUUGGAUCUAUAGAGACUGUGUUUGUCUUUUUCUCGGAGUGAUCAAUCCGAAAGUGUAACUUCACUGUCAGGAAACAAAACAGCUUGAAUGAUACGCAGCCCACAGCUCUCGCCCCGGCGCCGUCUCUCCUCCGGGGGCAGUAAUGUUUUUAUUUUUUAGACUCGGAGUCGAUAAGAUCCAUAACACCUUGUUUGUUGCCAUCUGGCCUGCCUGUGAGCAAAUGAACGAGGAGCUAAGUAGCUUUCAACACCUCUCUCAUCCCGUUAAAGCAUCUCGCCGACAGCCAGCCAGGCGUUUCACUCUGCAGCUGAUUUAGUGUUUGGACUGAGAGACGACGCUUUCGCUGCUCAGAUAGUUAUUGGAUUGUGAUUUUCAGUUUUUAUCGCCAUUAGCCAUUUUCUGCCCCCCUGCUGUGAUCCGAGGGUGUUUCUGUCUGAGCUGGAGAAACAAACUGUGCAGUCACUGUGUUUUUAUUCUCAGCAAACUGAAAACUACAUUUGUCUCUAUCUCUCGUUUUUCUCGCAGCAUCCUGUUUGCAGACAUCGUGGGUUUCACCAGCUUGGCCUCUCAGUGCACCGCUCAGGAACUGGUCAAACUGCUCAACGAACUCUUCGGGAAGUUUGACGAGCUUGCUACAGUAAGUGCUCGCCAUCUCUUUAAAGUGAUGAAUAAAAGAUCAGUGACAUCCUUCAUCAGCAUGGAAAAACAUUUGAUGAUAAUUGAUUAUUUAUACUCAAGUGCAGUUUGUUUAAAGGAUAAUGUUGACUUUGGAGUCAUUUGAAUCGUAACCAGGGUAACUGCUGCGCUGUUUUUCUAAUUUCAUACUUUUAACUUCUGGUUUUGCAUCAUGCAACUUGGAUCAAACGAUGUAGUCCAGUGUGCAAAGUUGCAAAAAAUCUUAAUUCUUAAUAAUGAUGCCCCAACGCUUUCUUCCUUGAAAGGUAUCCUUGCUAGUAUUACUAGUUUGUCAAAUUUAUAUCAGUUUAUUUCAUAGUAAACCCAAAAUGAUGGUCAUAUGUCGUGUCUAAGCUCUUGUGUUGCCACGUGCCACUCGUUCAGGUAAGGAUCUAGUUUAUGGCUCUACAGCUCAACCACCCGGAUGUAAAUAAGCACAGAUGACAGAGAGUUUAUCAGUAUGAAGUUGUGUCCUUUAGUUAAAUGCAGGAUGUGUCUUAUUUAAUAUAAUAUAAUCACUUGAUGCAACUCUGAGUAUGUGGACUAAAGGAUGGGGGUGCUAGGUUGCGAUGUUGUCCACUUGCAGACUUUGUCAUCACGUGCUUAAUCGUGCAAAUGAAGUUGUGCUCACGUGAAUUUGAUGCACCAGGGUGACCCACAUGGUCUGAUCCAGCAGUGGAGCUACAGGAGCUCAGGGUCAUGUCGGCGUCCCCUCUGAUAAACCCAUCUGACCCUCUGUUGUUCAAACUGCUUAGUCUGUUUGGGGUCUCAGGGGGCUGGAGCCAAUCCCUACAGUCAUUGUGUUGCACUCAGGUCAGGUCAUCAGACAGUCUCAGGGUUGACUUAAGAAGUCCUUUUGACACAUUCACUGCAGGCCUGAAAAGUUCAAGACUUUUUCAGGACAAUGUGUGAAUAAAAGAAGGCGGAGUCUAUUCUUAAAGCCCCCAAAUCAAAUAUCCAAAACAUCGAGGCAUCUUCUGCAGGCGGGUUUUGAUGAGGCGGUGGAUUCACCAUCAGGUUCAGUUGUGCAGACAUAGUUUUCCUACAGGAGGAGAUGACUCACUGUUCUUCUGUUAGUGGACACGUUGAGGCUGAGGCCUUGCUUUUCUCCCUCUCAGUGGGAGUGGAGGCUCAUGCUGGUCAAACAUAAAUGAAUGAACGGUGCGCUCAACUCUCAACUCUGCAAAAUGCUGCUGAACCAUGUGACCUACAUAAACGACCAAGAUUCACACAUUUGCACAUAUUAAGUCGCUUAAUCUGCAAUCCAAGUCUUUGGAAGUCUUUUACACGAGAAGGCCUGAGCUGAGUUUACAAACCAGGAGACUAUGAAAGACAAUCUCCCUGUUUUGCAGCUCCACCUGCCUCCCUGUGAGACAUAUCCGCCUCUUUGGCUGAAAAAUGUUCUUCUUUGUUUACCAGAGAGUUUUUCAGCUAGAAUGAAAAAUGCAAAUCUGCUAACAGCACCGAGAGACUGAACUACUCCUCCACAGGACAGUGAAGCUGCAGCUCCUAAAUCUCAGCGUAUGACCUCCCGUCUCUCGAAGCAAAAAGCCAAAUAUAUUAUUCAGUCGUGGAGCUCAUUUAAAAUACUGAAUCAUGUAUUGAUCCAAUGAUGAAAGUUAAGCAGGAGGAAGAGGAGGAGGAGGAGGUGAAGGUCAAGAGAGGAGAAGAAGUGGCUGGUUGAGAAAGGAAGAGAUGAGUAAACAGAUUUUUUUAGACAGAGGGGAGAUAAGGGAGGAGGAAGAAGAGGAGGAAGAGGAGGAGUUUCUAGUGUGUAGAAAACUGCACUUGAUAAAGAGAGAGGAAGAUAGCUCUCCUCCUCUUCCUCCUCCUCCUCCUCGUCUGUGGGUAUAAGCCGGUGCAGCGUUGUUUUCAGAGAAAACAGAUUAGGUGAGUAACAGGUUAUCUGCAGCCAGACUACUAUCAUCAUCAUCAUAAUACUCCAUCACACGCACACACGCACAUGCACAUGCACAAAUGUUUGCUCACACUUUUAAUCUCAGCAGGUUAUGUAAUCUUCACAGUACAGCAGGCUCAACACAUGGUCGGGUCGUACACUCAAACAUACAGUUAAAUAUCCCGACUUUACUACCAACCAUGAAUCCUCGGGAUGCAAAUUUAUGAUUUCUGCAGGGAGACGAAUCAGAGCGUUAUCGUGAGGUCGUGGCCUGGAGCGGUUUUAGUCAGUUAGUGAGUGAAGGCAAAGGUCACAGUUAGUCCUCGUCUGUGUGCGUAUAAAUCACACCAACGUCUUUACCUGCAGACUUCUACGGUGGCCCUGAGGUCUCUUUUGCCGUUUUUUUGCCGUUUUUUUUUUUUUUUUUUUUUUAAUAUAUGUUUAUUCAGUUUUCCAGAAACAAAACAAGAACACAUGACAAAAAACAAACAAACAAACAUACAUUUGGCUCACACACACAUGUAAGUUCAAAUUUAUACAGGCGAGAGAUUCAGGAGUCAUCUUAUACAAAUAAAAUCGUCGCCAACGUCGCUCCACAGCAAGAAAGUUAAAGUUAAAAAUAAAUAAAUUGGACCAACAAUGCAAACAUUUGUGAGGCUGAUGAUGCACCUACACCAAAAAUGAGAGGAUUUUGUUGGUUUUAAGAAAUAAUUUAUGGAUGUUUGGAUAUUUAUCGUUCAGAAGAAGAGAAGGGUGAGGAACCAGAGCCUGGAUUGAGUAUUUCAGAGCAUGAGAGCGGUGCUUUUUAAAGACCUACAGGACAAGGCUGGUUACCAGAAUGUCUAUAAAUAAAUCCUGUAAAAGUUUAAGCACACUUCUCUUUAAUUUAUGGCACAAUUAUUUGAGUAUGUAUCAUCAAAUAUCACUCCUCUGUUGAACUCAACGCCACUACAAUCCAAAAAAUCCCUUUGCACAGUUAACUCGUGCUUCCUCGUUUACUGUACACACUCACACACACACAGAAACGCGUGCACAAAAGUCACAUGAUCAGCGGGAUUAUCCCUCUUGAGUUCAUUCUGCAUCUCAGCAAUCAGUCAUGGCUUAACACAGGCGGAGAGAUAGACAGAAAGAGCAGGACACAAGGUGAUAUGUGGCUGCCUAUCUCCGCUCCCACACUCAGACAGCUGCUCCACGGAAAUCUUGUGAGGAGGAUUUCUCGUGUGCAUGUGUGUUUGAGCGUGUGUGAAGAGCUGCAGCUGCAUCCUAAUUGAGAUUUAUUCCCUGUCAUGUUAGCAAAAAGGGAAAUUCACUUUCAAACCAGCUCAGUCACAGCUGCUGAGCCCGUCUGACUGCACAUUUAUCCUGCAGAGGCUCAACCUGAACUUAACCGCCGCAGCGGCAGCAGCAGACGGGCAUUCAGCUCCACGCUAACCUUCACUUCACCUUAAAGCCUCAGGAGGACCGCAGCUGUGAUGGAUGAAGUCAAGCAGAGCAGGAGGAAGAGGAGGAGGAGGAGGAGGAGGAGGGGAUUGUUUGAGCUUGUUGGAUUUAAUAACUUAUUCAUGUAUUAAAAUUUCUCUUCUAUUGACACAGGGGAGACUUUUGUGUCCUCACCUUUAAGAGGAGAUAAGAGGAAAGAAAAGAUCCCUUUAACCUGAUCGCCUCCUUUUUAAACGAGGUUUGUCUUAAAUGUAGGGCUGUGUGAUUUUGGCCAAAAAUAAAAUCCAGAUUUUUCGACUUUUUAUUCAGUCACAACUUCACCAAACUUCACUUUAAUAAUAAAAAGUUUUUCUAUCAUCUCUUAAAACCACUAAAAAAACUAUGUAGUGCAUAUGCCAAGCCAGUAAGUGGCGCUGUAACGCUGCACAGGAAAUGAACAAAGGACAGAAGAAGAGUACAGAACAUGCGUAUAAAGGUUGUUUUGGCUCCAUAAAAGAGUUUCGCUGUGUGUCACAUGAUCAUUUCCAGAGAUGCAGAUAGACAUCCACACGGAGAUGAAAUGGUCGUCGUUUACAGAUUUAUUCACUCUCUGACCUGUUUUCAAAAAGUACCGUUUACAGUCACCUGAAACGCCGAUACAAUAAAAAACUUUAGCGUUUACUCCUGAAUUCGUUUCCGUGGUGAUGGGUUGAUACCGUCUUCAGACAGACUUUACAGCGGGGAGUGGUUUGCUCUUCAUCCGAAACUCUGAAGUCGUACCAAUUCAACACGACUGACUCGCUCUUGUCCUAUUUACCCAUGUAAUCAAUAACGGUUUAAAAUCGAUUAAUCAUGCAGCCCUAGUUAAAGGCACUGUGAGGAGUUUUUCACUGAUUUUAAAAUAAUGUGUCCUGCACAGAUGAUUCUUUAUGAUGGUAAAAUGAGAUUUUAGUGUUUGUUUUUUCAUGGAAAUCUGACCAGAAAACAGCUGAUUUUUGGCGCUCCUUCAGUGUCUCAUGCUGUCAGGUUUUCAGUGAGGAGUUCGUUUACAUUAGUGGUUGAUUAUGGAGCAGGAUGAGCAGGUAGGAGUACAUUGUUGGUUGAAGUCGGAUGGAGAAGCUGCUCAUUUGGCUCUGAACAGGAUCGAAUGUUUACCCUGAUCUGUAGUCGUCUCACCUGUCUUUAUGUUUCUCGGCUGUUUCCUUAAAAACAGAAAAUCCUGUCGUGAUGUUUCCCAAACUUUCCCUCAGAUAUGAAAUAAAAAUCUAAACCUGAGCCUCACCAUAUGGUUGGUUUUGGUUUGGUGUGGUCUUGCUCUUCAUUUUGGGAGCCGGUUGAGUCUCUGCAUUCAGAAACUCAGAUGUUGAGACUGAGACGAUGUGGUGUUUUUACUUUACUUUCGCCCCUGAUCAGCAGGCUUGAAAAAUCCCAAAUCCAAAACCUCUUACAUACACCACGUCCUCCUGAGACUCGGUUCCCUGUCAGCUGAUAAUUUCUCUCUUAUUUCUGUCCUCACACACAAACACAAAGACUUCACAACGCCGGGAUAAUCGUCCACGUCCUGGAUUCUCAUAUCCUCCCACGCCAGAAUCUUUCUGCUCUCAUGAGCAGAAAACCAGAGCACCCCGACUCCUCUCUUUUCAUCUCCGCCUCUUACCCUGCAGUUGUCAUGAAUCCUCUGUAUUUGUGAGCGUGUGUGUGUCUGUGUGUGUGUGUGUAGAUGCAUGCAUGUCUGUUGCUCAGAGGUUGCCUGCAGGCUGAGCUUUGUAGGGUCCACCAUUAUAGUUUUUUGAUGAGUGUGGGGGACAGAGUGCACAUCAGAGAGACCUGCAGAGUCUGUUUGCACGCGACCCAACAUGCUGCUCCUGCUCUCCUGCAGGUAUGUUGUGUGUUUACACGUGUGUGUGGAGUGUGUGUGUGUGUGUGUGUGUGUGCUCUCUGUGACAAAUAGCUGAUCUGUCUGGGAAUGUGUGGGUGGGAUUCUACUUCAAGAGCAUGUCGGAGCAAUUAGAGUUGGCCCCGACUACAAACACACACAUGGCUGCACAACUACACACAUCUGAUUUACAUCCACCCCGAUCAGACCGCGUACAGUCGAACCUCUCAGCAGCAGAAACUGUAAAAGCAGUUUUUCCUCAAUGUGUUAAAAAUAGAAACGGAGCACAGAUGUUCUUCAUUAACUGAAGCUUCUUAUUACAAGAAAAAUAGAUCAGGAAAAGAUCUUGUUGAUUGGAAACCUGGACUCAGAUCUGGGUUUAAAGGGAUAUUCCGGCGUAAAAUUAAGUUAGGGUCAAACACGCGUAACACAGAGUUAGACCCCCCCUCCAGAGAUGAAUGUGGUCGACCACUUGCUUCUCUAGUUAUACCAACUUUAGCAAUGACUGCAGGAUUUUUUGAUUGACCUGAUUUCUUUAGCAAAGAGACUAAACACAACUCACCUACUCUCUUCCAGCAGCCGCUUGUUUGUAGCAAGACCUCAGGCCAGUCCAUUACGGACUACAGCGGGGUGUUGCAGCUCAAGGAAGAACAUUUAUGAUCAUUUCUUAAUCAUUUCCUUGAAGUAAUAAUCAUCAUAUUAACCAUUUUGCACUGGAGACACAGUAGUUCUUCUGCCUUAGCGUCUCGGUCUGAUUGUAUUUCCAUGAAGAAAUGAUCAUAAAUGUUCUUCCUUGAGCUGCAACACCCCGCAGCAAAGGGAGGACUCGCCCGGAGGUCUACGGACAAACAGGCGGCUGCUGGAAGAGAGUAGGUGAGUUGUGUUUAGUCUCUUUGCUAAAGAAAUGAGUCAAAGUUAAAAAGAUGUUUGGUGUCUAGUACUAUGUCUGUGACCCUAUAUGUCCUGUUGAUGAAGUUAGGUGCUGUUCUGAGCAUUAUUUGUGGCUAUAGAGUGGCGUUUUGGUUGAGCGCGUGGCUCUCUGUAUUGCUAUCCUGCGGUCGUUACUGAAGUUGGUAUAACUAGAGAAGCAAGCGGUCGGCAACAUUCAUCUCUGGAGGGGGUGUCUAACUCGGUGUUAUAGUGUGUUUGACCCCAACUUAAUUUUACGCCGGAAUAUCCCUUUAAGGUCUGAUUCCAUCCAGAAGACUCUAUGAAGACCUUUAAUGUUGAGCACCUCUUUGUGUCUUUGUGUCUUUGUAGGAGAACCACUGCAGGCGGAUUAAGAUCCUCGGGGACUGUUACUACUGUGUGUCCGGACUGACCCAGCCCAAGGCAGACCACGCCCACUGCUGCGUGGAGAUGGGACUGGACAUGAUCGACACCAUCGCGUAAGUUUCGGUUUUGGUUUUCUUCGGCAAAUCAGAGGCACUGUUGACAUGACUGACAGGUGGGAAUCUUGGAGUCGUUUAAUGCUGCAAUCCAGUUACCUCGGAAGUUGGAUGCUAGAGGUGGGAAUGGCGUUCCAGUUAAUAAGUCGGAAAACUAAGAUGGACACAUACAUGGGGACCAUAAUCAUGCUCAGUUUAUCGUCUGUUUUGACUGUGUUGUUGUCGGACCUUUUUGCAAACACGACCGAACAAUACAAAACAGACUGAAGGAGUUCAGCUGCAUCAACUCCUCCUCUCUCAGAGACUGCAUGCUGCAAAGCAGUGUGGGAAAUAUUGAUCUAAGUUUUAAUAUCGUUCAGCGCUUCAUCCUGUGAACUCAAUUUGUGAUGAGCUCGACACUUGUUGGCAGACAUGACCCUGAAUCCUCCCCGACAGCAUGUUCACACACUCACAGACACACACACUCAGACUCUGAGCCUUUACCCCAUUUCUCCGUGCAGACACCGUCCUGUCAUGUUCCCUCUCCCUCCGCUCCGUCUGAGUGGAUGGAUGCUGCUGGAGGAGUCUUUUAUCUCAGGGGACAGGUGCAGCCGAACACGCUCAUCCCUCUUUCUGCGUGUGUGAGACAUUACUCCUUCAGCCUGACGGGGAACGGCGUUUUCUCCUACGCCACCCAGUAAACACACACGCGAACGCCGUCUGAAGUGGCUGACCUUAAACGAGUGAGGAUGAGCUUUGUGUGAUGAUUUAGAGGAGCGCUUCAUCUUCAGGGGAGUGCAGACCUACAUGGAUACAUGUGUCUGUGCAGGUUCUCAUUCAUCCAGAUCUUCGUUGAAAGGGCAGCGGACCUGUUUGAGGUUCUUGAAGAUGUUUCGUGUCUCUUCUAAAAGGAUUUAUAGCCUCUGGUGGUGGGAAAAGGGUGGGUGGUCACCUGAGAGUCGUCAGCAUGGUUGUUGACCUGGAUUCACCUGGAGGGGAUCCUUCCUGGGUUUCUGCAUGAUGUUGGAGCCUGUGAUCCAGUACAAAAGUGUUGUUUCUAUUGUUGUCGAAACUAGCGGUGUCCGAAUACAAUAUUGAUAUCUGAUAUCAGUCCAAUAUCAGCCAAAAAAGCGAAUAUCGGAUUAUAUCUGCUUGCAUCUAAAAUCUCGGAGAUAAGCACUCUGAUACAAGCAGUCAAUUCCAGAUUCCGCUCCGGUACCUCUAUCUAGCAGCAUCCAGCAGGCCUUACCCGAGAAUCCCACUGGAUCCGGAUUGGCUCCGCUCUAUUCUGGACCAGCAGGCAAAUCAAAUACGCAAGCAUACAGCGCCCUCUGGAUCCGAUCCGCUGCCACUACUGGAGGAGAAGCGCUCUCGAAAUUACCGAUAUUUCUUGUGAGACUGGACGAGAUCUCAUAAGAUCUUGCGUGUUUCCCCGGGUGUCAUAGAAUGAGAUCUGCUGAUCGGUGUAUAUAAACGGCGGUGUAUAUAAACACCCACAUCCCACAACCCUGGCCUCUCCCAUUAUCAAGUUAAGAAGUUCAAUGAAUUGACUUUAUUUUAUUUUGAAAAUUAACCAGAUAUUUUACUCUGUAACUGCGUACAACUUCUGCUGCUGCUAAUGCUGCUCUGCACUGAAUUGAUGCGCCGUGCUCUGGCGUCCGGCAAAAAUAAAAGCCUUCAUAUAUGAUACGGCUGCCGGAGCCGAUCCGCAGUGGAGCCAGACAGUGGAUUCUGUGGAAUCACUCACAAUAAUUAGAAUGUUUGCGUAUUUGAUCCGCCUGCCAUACCGGAGCGGAUCAAUAUCGGUAUCAGCCAAUACCAAAGGUUACAGUAUCAGUAUUGUAUCGGAAGUAAAAAAGUUGUAUCAGGACACCCCUAGUCGAAACAACACUUUUGUACUAAAUUAGGGUGACUAUAUUCUGAAUCACCAAAAAGAGGACACCACUACACAGGGCAGAGUAGCGCACAAAAUUUUGAGGGUGAGGUCAAGUGUAUUUUGCGCAGUCCUAACUCGGUUAGUCCAGCGACACAAACUCGAAACUUUCAUACAAAACCUCAGACAUUUGAAUGAUAUUAAUAAAGUCCCCGGACAAAGCCAGACAGCCCCCAGAAAAGAGGACAUGUCCAGGUAAAAGGGGACAUAUGGUCACCCCUUACUAAAUCACAGUGCAAAACCAAAGAAUUGGUUCUACUGUAUGUGGUGCGUGCUGGGCACACUGGAUACAUGGUUGGGACAGACUGGGUUCAGGUCGGGCUUAUGGUUGGCAGGUCUUGAAAUCCACUGUUUGGAUGCACAACACUGAAUUAACCUCAUGUUCGUUUGCCUCUGUGCUCAAUUGUUAAGUGGUGUUGUAACCUUCACUCCCUUCACCCUUUUUCCUUCGCAGGUCGGUGGUGGAGGCGACGGAGGUGGAUCUGAACAUGCGUGUGGGUCUGCACACAGGACGGGUGCUGUGCGGCGUGCUGGGCCUCAGGAAAUGGCAGUAUGACGUCUGGUCAAACGAUGUCACGCUUGCAAAUGUGAUGGAGGCCGGAGGGCUGCCCGGGUCAGUGCUGACUGUUACACCCCUGGACGCCACAAACACACAACACAGACUCACACUGACACACAACGACGAGCGCGUGCAAACCAAAGCAGGAAGCAUCCGUGUUUUCUUUCUGCACAUGUUCUACAAAUAAACACGUGUAAAAGAAAUGAGGUUAAUUCUUUAAGGAUCAGUCAAUUAUAUAUAUUAUAAACCUGCUGGAGAGACUUCAAUUAAAAAACGAGGACAUACUUUAAUCUCUGUUUUAUAAGAACUCAAAUACAAGAUAUUGGAAAUUAAUGAGCAUCUUUUCAGAAAUGGAUCCUUUAUUUAUAAGGAUAAUUAUUAUACAGUGUUUACACCUGGGCAUUAAUUUAGUGCAUAAAACCAGAAAACUUCAGUCCAAUCAUGUUUUCACUUUGACUUUACACGAUUUAUUCCUGCAAAUGGUUUUAUUUUCAUCUGGUGGAGACAGCACAUUCAUUUGUUUUAAUUUGAAGUAUAAGGCGCACAGAUUUGAGCUGUUUCUGGAUUAAAUAGACGCUCUGUCUUCUUCUGUGGUGUUUUGACCUGAUGGACUGAUAACACGUUAAUUCUACCCACUGGAACUGAGCGUUUUCAAUCCUUUCUGGCUGGUUAUACAGACAGAGAAGUUUCAAAAAUACUUAACGUGUGUACAGAGUUUAGUUUUUGAGACCAGAUCUAAAUAAAAAUCUUUUCUCUAAAAUCUGGACACGUGGCGUCGGCGUAACUCGACUGAGUAAAUCCAAGAUCCUGCAGCCGCACAGCUCCUCGUCUCCUCAGCGGUGACUCAAAAUAAUCCGAAACCUCUGCAGACAUUAGUCACUGACACACAAAAACAAAAAGGGAGUGGUGUCCCGAUUACAAGAAACUCAAUGGACCUUAAAGUUCUUGAUAAAUGUCAGAUAAAAAUGGCACAGAGCUCUGUCAAACCAACAAGAUACGAGUUUAUGCAAAUGUUGUGACUGUCCAUAGAGAUGAGGAAUUUACAUUUUGUUAACUAGACUAAAAACUGCAUCUAUCUGUUAAUGCAGUUUGUUUAUUACUAAAGAAAAAGACUGUUGUCCCCUUAAUUCAUAUCGGGUCUUUAAACAACUGUUUGGAUGUAAUUAAAGCAGAUUUAUGCAAUGAUUUUAAUUUUUAAAGAAAAGAGGGUACAGCGGUUUAAAAUCAGGACCACCCACAUUAAUUUAAUGUCAUGUCAUUAUGGAAAACUCCUGUGCAGAAAGAAGCUGAUUUGCAUUUAAAAAGUGGUGAAAUAAGGUCAAAUUAUCGGCUCCAUUUGAUUUUGUUUCAAGUGAAGUAAUAAGAUUUUGGGACUCGUUAGCAGAUUAAAUGAGUCGUUUGGAUGAAAAUUUUCCGUGCUGAAUUUUGAGCAGGCCGGGGCGCCGUGAGGCCGAUAAAAAUAAUGACUUGAGACCUCAUAGUGCUGGUCUUUUAACACUUUUAUGUCUUUUCUCAGGAAGGUGCACAUCACACGAACCACCCUGGAGUGUUUGAACGGAGACUACGAGGUGGAGCCGGGAUUCGGACACGAGAGGCACGCCUUCCUGCAGAAGCACCACAUAGAGACGUAUUUCAUCGUACCGUCACACAGACGCAAAGUACGUCAGAAUUUCUCUUUAACAUUUCUUCCCCUUAGUGACAUGUCUGUGUUGAUAGUAAAUCCUCUGAUAGGCUGUGUGUUCAGGCUGGUGCACACAUGGUUACCACGUGUCCACUCAAAUUGCUUGUGCAAACAAAACUAAACAUUGAGGUUGUCUGUUGUCGCACACUCACAGGUCAAACAGAUAAAAAAAACAAAUCCAACUUAAAACUGAAUUUAUUUCCAAGAAAAAGUCAAAUCUCUGGUCUUUGAAGCACAAAGGUCACGUCCUCCUUUUCCUCCAAUCCCUCAGUAAUGUUUAUAUCUCAGCUGUUUUACUUUAUAGCUUAUCAAAGUGGAUGACAGCAUUUAAAGAGUUUGGAAAUUAAGGGUUUUAUGGUUUAAUGUUGGAAACUAUGAGUUCUUGGAAAGCUGUAUGAGCUGAAUGUACUCCGAGGGUUUAAAACAGAGAUAUUAAUAAAGAACAGACAGUUUAGGCUGAAAGAUUUCCAUGAAAUCAAAAGGAACAAAUUCUCCCUGUAUUUGAUAAAUUUCUUAUUAUCCUGUCCAACUUAUUAGUUCACAAACUACUAGAUAAGGUUGGGAAUUGUUAAUAAUUUAGCGAUUCUGAUUCCAUUAUUGAUAAUGCUUAUCGAUAUGAUUCCUUAUCGAUUCUCUUAUCGGUAAAACAAAUGGGUUUGUUCGCAUUAACUCUUUAAUAUUAUCAUCUUUGGACAGAAGAAAUGACAUAUCCAUGCACUAAUAAUUCGUUAUGUGACCUUCCUUUUGACCAUGAAUCUGUUCGGUGACAUUCGUUUAUCUUCACCUCUGUCAUUUUACUCGUCCCUGCCUCCAUGAACGGAGCCGCCAAAGGUGCGCCAGAUCUACCCGCUACAGCCGCUGAGCUAGCAUGACUCAGGCAGUCAUCAUCAUCGAGAUGUAAUUUAAGGAGACGGAGAGUAUUUAUAUAGUCAAAAGGCGGCUAACAUGGCGCCAACAUCUACACAACAGACACGACCUGGAGGAGUUAAACGUUACCUUGAUGACAUCGAGACGUUAGCUCCGCUCCUGCUUUUGCCUGUACAAGUCUCGCCUUCGCUAAGUAGAGUAUCAAACACGUUACACUUCAUUAACUGCAUGCUGGGAGGACAAAUGUUUCCACAUAUCGGAAGUAUUUCCCCUCUUCGAUGAAAUCUGCAAAUGUUGCAAGUAGCCCCAUGAAAUACAGCCAAACUCUGGAGUGCUUUUUCUCGACACCAUUCUGGAAAGUUCUGAACCAAAACACACUUCUCAAGUACUACGUCAUCACGCAUAAAGACGUAAGAGGAACCGAUACGCAGAAUCGUCAAGGAGGCAGACAAACAAUUCUUCAGAAUCGAAUCUAAAUCUAAAAAGGGACCAGUUAUCGAUUCUCAUCCCUACGACUAGAUGACACGCUAACUUGACAGAGGAAGAGGGUUUGUUUUCCAAAGAUAGGUUAGAAAAGGCUUCGAAAAUUUUUGACUUGUUGGAUUUCAUUGAAAAAUUGCGAUAACUUAAAUACAAAUACAAGCUAACUAGUAAAAAUCUGUUUAUUAUGGAAGAGGAAGAGUGACGAUGGCGUUCUGCUAACAGUAGGGUAACCUUGUUUUGAAUCCCCAAAAAUAGGACACAUGGCGGAGUUGUGCGCAAAAUUUUAGGGUUUUUCGGGUCGGGUCAAGUUUUUUUUCGCACUUCUAACUCAGUUAGUCCAUGUGACACAAACUCAAAACUUCCAGACAAGACCACGGACAUUUGAAGGAUUUUAUAACCUCCCCCUGGACAGACCGGACAGCCCCCAAAAAGACAACAUGUCUGGGUAAAAGAGGAUGUUACAUUAACUAACGGUUUACAUUCAGAGUUAAAAUCGAAUAUUUGCAUAUCUUCAGUUUUUUCUUUGAGAGAGAGAAACCCUUAGCCGUACACGUCUAAAUCUGUGGGAAUAAACGCUUUCAGAAAGAUGUAGCAGAUACUUUUAUCAGUCGAACCCUGACUGCCUAAGUGUCGGAGCACAUUUGCAGUAAAAAGGUUUUCGUCUGUGUCUUUAUAGACUCUAUUUUUCAGUUUUUCCUGCUCGGCUCAUUACCUCCUCUGCUCUUAUUUCCAGAUCUUUCCAGGACUAAUCCUGUCAGACAUCAAACCAGCCAAGAGGAUGAAGUUUAAGACCGUGUGCUACCUGCUGGUGCAGCUGAUGCACUGUAGGAAGAUGUUUAAGGCCGAAAUCCCUUUUUCCAACGUCAUGACCUGCGAGGAUGACGACAAGGUACGUGACCUUUCCAGUCAGUCGGAGUCUCUGAAUGAAUAAAAAAUGUUUUUUUUUCUUCUUUUGGUUUUUUUAAUGUGUGUGACUCCUGCUGCUGCUGCUGUGGAGGAGAGGUCUGAGGAUAUCUGGGUCAUGUAGUGGGGAAAAUCCUUUUUAAUGGUUGUACGUGCAUUUGUGAUGAAGUGAAAUCCUGCCUGGAUUCCUAAUCUGCUGCACACACACACACACACACACACACACACACACACACACACACACACACACACACACACUCUGUCACACUAUAAUCUGGAUUUCUAGAUUUUGCAGCAUCAUUAAUUCUGCAGCACAGUGCAUUACAACUUCAUGUUGACAAGUGAGCAGGUGGAAUGGAUAUUAUGAGCAACUUAUACCAGCACUUAUAGUCGCCGCUUUUAGACCUACGAAAGUGAAUCACAGGAUUAUAACGGCAGCAGUUUUUAUUUUACGCUGCUUUAAACGAACGCUUCUUUCUUUCUGAUUCGUCACAUUCAAUGGAGAUUGAUGGUUUUAUUUGAUAAAUCAAGAGAAAUUACAAAUCUUCCAAGCUUUAGACGGCAGCGGUUAUGUUCCUACAUCCUAAAAAAGUCAUAUCAAGUUGUUUGGCUCUCAAAGUAAAAUAUCUAAAAUUAAAAAAAAAACACAACUAAAUAAAAUUAAAUAAACUAAACUAAAAACUAAAUAAAAAGCAACAAAAAGAGAAAAAUCCAACAAAAGGCAUGGGAGCAACGUUGCACUGAUUUCACAAUCUGCAGUCGGCUACCUAAAUCUCAGUUUUUCUCUGUUUACAUGCAAACAGAGUUUUCCAAAAUCUCUACUCUGGACAGAGUUUUUAAAAAGCAUCAUUUUCAGAGGGAAUUCUCAGUUUGCGUUUAAACGAAGGGUAAAAACAAUGGUUAAUGUCUCUGUUUUUAAAAAUAACCAGGUACAUAUAAACAGGGCCCUAGUCUCAUAGGAAAUCGUGAAACACGUUGUGUGAUUCGGCCUGUCUUCCACACAAAGCUGCACAAAUACGUCAUUAAAACUGGUGCUUUUGGAAAACUCCAGCCAAGGUAAAGAUUUGGAAAACUCCUGUAUUGAGUUUGCAUGUGGACAUGGAUAAACAGACUUAUUCCCAAAUGUUAGUUUUCGUGACAACUAUUAGAUAAACGUCCUUUGUUUAUGUCAGGCAGUGGAUGGCCCAGAUAUCUACAGAAUAUAUAUUUUUGUGAGGAGCAAAGGAGAAAGAGUGCUUUGUAGUCGGUUAUUCGACACCAAAUAACCGUUCCUCCACCUUUCUUGAGUCUUGUUGACUUUGUACUCCAAAACGGCGCUUUAAAGCUAUUCCACCUGUUUCUCUGGCCACACGAACGGACAAACGGACUACACAGCGCUUUGUUUCAUGUUUGGGGAAGUGACGAUGAGAAAGGGAAGCUUGCUCUGAUUGGAUGGAAUGGAUCUAACUUUUUGGCAAAUACUACCAACUCCAGGUUUGGCAUGAUUGUAACAGGAGUCAAUUUUGUGUGGAUGGGAUUUUAUUUGAAAAUGAUGAUGUGUGUACGUGCCUUUUUUUUUUAAAUGGUGGGGGUUUGAUAUUCAUUUAUAAAAAUACAUGUGUACAAGGCCUAACUGGAGAUCCAAACAUACACUGACAACUACAUACAUACACAGACAAACAAAUACACAAUGAACCAAACAGGACAAAGAGGAAGACAGGGACUAUAUACACAGACUGGUAAACAAGCAACAGGUGAGACAGACGAGACACAGGUGAGACUGAUGAGUGAUUAACAAAGGAGAGAAAACUAGGGAAGUAAAACCAGAUGAGAAACACAAAGAAUCAACUCCUACAAAAUAAAACAGGAAAUAAACACUGAAAACUGAUCUAAAGAAUAAAACACUGAGAACAGGAGAGAAACAGGGUCAAAGACAAACUGAAAAAUCCCAAGACUGAACUACAGGGGAACAGAAACACGAGGAAAAACACACAAAACCAGGAAAAACUAAAUUAACAGAACAUAUCAGGACAGAAUUCUGCCAAAUUUGGAGAUUUUUAACCAGAAUGUUUUGAAUUUAUCGAGUAAAAUAUGAAAUAGACUUAGACAAACUUUCAGCACAGGUUAUAAAUGAUCUAAAAAUGCUCCAAGAAAUGACAUUAAAUGAGUUAAAAUAACCAUUUUAACAGCUGAGAUUAUGUAUGUGAGCAUAUCUGCAUGAACAAGGAUACCAGCUCCAUAUUUUAACUCCUCUGUGCUCCUGCAGUCGUUCACAGAGGUGGUCCGCUGCCUGGCGGUUGAUUAUUGGUGUCGUCAUGGCGUCACAGAAAUAGCCAGUUACCCAUAAUCCCCAACCGUGAGCUCGGCCAGGCGUUAGUACGUCAUGAUUCUGAUGAGGUUGCAUUACGACUGCUGGUAAUGGUUCCAUCUCUGCUCACAGCAUUAGCCACACUCUUACAUGAUUAUACAAGCGGCCAAAAACCCGUGCAUUGUGACACAUUUUUAUAAGAGAAGAAUUAUUGGAUUUUUUUAGCACAGAGAAGCCCAAAUUUAUUGGAUUUGGAUAUUAAUCCAAUGAGGUACUGUCUUUUAUGAAUAAAUAUGUAAACAGAAAUUAAAUACAGAAAAUCAGGACCUUUAGUGCGGCCUUUUGUGGCAAAUUUUAAACAUUUUUACGCUUUAAAUUUGAUUGCACCUCGACUAUUAUUGCACAUAAUUGACUGUUUUGUAUGUUGAGUCUGUAAAAUUAAACUUUUGCAUAUUAACUGCAUGAUAAUCUUUGACUGAAGUUUUAUUUUCAUGCAGCUGGAUGCUGUAACCCUGCUCUGAUCGACUGUUAUGGUUAUGAUUAUAAAGGCUGCGUCUGUUACAGUCUCUCCAUGUUAAAUUUCAGCAGAGCUUCAGAUUAAAUCCCAACACUUCUCCGUAUCUGCAGAGUUGGUUACGGGCAUAAUUACAGUAAUUUCCAUCUCGGGCCUUAUUUAACUCGUUUAUGGCAUCACGAUGCCUGAGUUUCAGGAAAAGCAUCUCCACAGGAUCUAUGCGAACUCCAUUAAACCCCCAAAAAGCAAUUACUGUAAAUCACACAAUAACAUCUCCACCACAGUGGAAUCCACCCACAUCUCAUCUUCUGAUUAACCUCGGCCUGAAACUACUUCACUGUGCGGUGUGAUUAGAGUUAGAUUAACACGCUGCUGGCAGAACUAUUCAACCUCAUGUAAUCAAAUAGUAAAUCUGAGAACUUCACCAACAUACGAGACCGGAGUGACCUCGAUUUGGUGAUAAACUAAUGUACGGACUUAGCAAAUGAAUUUAAAUGUGGAUAAGGUGAGAUUUCUUUCAGGAAUAUAACUAAAUAUUUACGUGCUGAAAACGUGCAGCUUAAACAGUGUUUGAACUACAGAGUGUAACAAACGACCAAUCAAAACGUCUUAAGAGGGGAAGUUAGAGGUGCUUAUGGCGUCCCAGUAUCUGCAGUGAUGCACCCGCCUGCCGCUAUUUUGCAAAUUCAUGCAAAUUCAACACCUUGUAUACACAGUAAAAUUGCUUAAGACACUUUUUAUGACUUUUUAUCAUUGAAUUAAAAGUGAGAUGAGUUCUUGAGUCGUGCCACUCAACCCAGAAUCGACUCUUUCAGUGUGUUUGCAUGCCGGCGAAUCAGCCUUGUGGCGCCACAUUAUGUUACGACCAUAAAUUAAGUAAAAUAAACAUGAAAAACUCCUUGUGAAUAUUAAAAAGGGGGUUAGGCAAGUCCAGGGAUAAAGGAGCUACACAUCCACAUAGAAACUGCACAUUUCUGGACUUCAUGGACAUCUUUACAGAAGCAACCGAGUUCAAACCGUUCUCAAGCCAAUUACAGAUUUGACGAUUUUUCUGUCUAAACAGGUGUGCCAUAAAAAAAUUACCUUGUUUUAGGGCUGGGCGAUAUGGGAAAAAGUUUAUCACUAUAAAUUUUUUUCAUAUCAGUCGAUAUCGAUAUAUAUCACGAUAUAAAAAUGAAAUUUAACAGUGUUUAUUGGUAGCAUGUCUUUUGCAAUACAAUAAGCUUGUGCAUCUAUGAGGUCGUUUUGUCGUAAGGCGUUGAGCUAAAGAAAGCGGACUGAAUGGUCGGCUGUUUCGGCUGCACAGGCGCCAUUGCCCGUGCUCUGUGGCGUGGCGCUGCAACAGGUGGUGAAAAAGUUUUGAGGUAUUCCCCGACUUUAUGAGAACAUGAACUCGACAUAAUUUACAGUACACGUCACUCUGCUUCAUGUCCAACCUCAAAAAAACAAAAUACCUCCACACCACCGAUGUUUUUGUGCCAGUGUCAUCGCCGAUUGGUUCAGCGCGAAGUGGACCUGGAGCAACUCCGCUUUUCAUUGGCUAUUCAUAUUGUUGACCAAAACAUGGCAGAAUGCAAACAAUCGAAAAGCAUGUUAAUGAUGUUUUAUAUUGAUAUUGAGGGAAAUAAAUUUAGAUAAAUAUCAUUAUUGUUUUAUCGCCCAGCCCUACCUUCUUUACAGUAAACACAAAUAAGACAUUGAUGUAUAAAGACCAAAGCUAGCCGUGUGCAGUCUCAUUUCUCAGCAUGAUGCCUGCCUCAAGUGGUCAAUCAAGGAACUGCAGUUUUGUUGAACUUUUGCAUUAACCUUAUUUCUUAACACCUGAGGCUGCUGAUUGGUUUAACCAUCAGGUGAUUGUAAAGUAGGCGUCUAAAGCUGUAGCAAACUUCUGUUAAGAGUGUAAAUCUGUUUUUUCUUUCUGACAGAGGAGGGCCCUGCGGACAGCGUCAGAGAAGCUGAGGAGUCGGACGUCCUUCUCAGCCACCGCCGUGCAGCACUCUCCGGCGACACGAGUCAACCGAUACAUCGGUCGGCUCAUCGAAGCUCGGCAGACUGAGUCGGAGACAUCAGACCUCAACUACAUCACCCUGUUUUACAGGAGCAGAGACAGGGAGCGCCGGGUGAGGAGGAGCACACAGAUUAUCUCACAGCUGAUCUCUCUGCAGGGAAAUCAGUCAUGUGGGUUUUUUUUUCUCUUCUCAGACAAACACAGAUGAGACGUAACGAAGGUGGACUUUUCCUCAUUACACACACACACACACACACACACACACACACACACACACACACACACACACACACACACACAGUAACAGGCUUCGUGACUGCAGCCUCUCCCUCCCUCUGUCUUCUUCUUCUCUCUCAUGCUCUCCCUACACAGUCUCUAAUUCUCUUUCUCCCCUUCUCCCUCUCUCUCCCACGCCUGUUGUCUAUGAUGUCUGUGUGACUCUAUAUGUGUGUGUGUGUGUGUGUGUGUGUGUGUGUGUGUGUGUCUAUGCGUGUAUGAGGAAUCCACCCACCCUCUCAGGAGGGGGUGCAGAUAAUGAUUUAGGAACGUCUGAGCGGCACACGUGAUAUCUGCUCCUAUGUGUGCGUGGGUAGAGCCAUAGAGGAGACAGAGCAGGGGCUGGUGUGCGUAUGUACGUGUGUGUGUGUGUUUUGUGUGAGUGUGUGUUUCCUGUGUGUGAUCUAGACAUCCAAACAUGGGAGCAGGAGAGACAAACCUCUAAACAAAUCAAGAAGAAGUUCAUUAAAACUCAUUUUGAAGUCUGGAAACAGCUGAUUUCUAAAACACCAGACCUCCAGAUGAUCUCUCUGUGUGUUUUUACAGAAGUUUAUUUGGAGUUAAUCUUCAAACAUUAACAGUUAAAAACGACUUUUUCAUUGUCUGUUACUCUGUUGGCGUUUUCUUUUCCUCGGAAUUGAGCGUUUGUCGUGUUUCAUCAGAAAAUGAGUAAAAGUGAUAAUAACGAAUUUAUUGUUUGACAGAUGAUUGACGGCUCAACUUAUCUUCACAGCUUUGGACAGUUGGACAGACAGACGGACGCCCCUCGUGUUGACAUCUUCUCUGUCUUCUCUCAGUAUCACCAGGUGUACGACGAGCAUUUCAUCAGCGCCGUGGUCCUCUCUCUGAUCCUCGCUGCUCUGUUUGGCCUUAUCUAUUUGCUAAUGAUCCCGCAGUACGUGCACACACCCUGACACACACACACACACACACACACUCUGACACACACAUUUUCAGUUUGCCCAUUUGUGCUGUGUAAUUGGAUCGAUCUUGCCGGGCUGUAGCGAGACAAUUAAAGAGGAAGGUGUUUUCAGAGCAGUCAGUGGAAAACAGGGGAAGCCCUCCUCUCUCCUCACUCCUCUCUCCUCACUCCUCACUCUCUGCUCGUCUCUCUCUCUCUCAGGGGGAUGCUGGUGCUGCUGCUGCUGGUGCUGUGUGUGUGUUUCCACGUGGCCUGCGUCAUGUACCUGCAUCUCACCAGCCUUCAGGUAGGACACUCACAUAAGAUGAAGCGAGUGAAAUGCCGAUCUGGUUCAAGUCUGAGGAUCCAGACUUGGCUUGUGACCCGGACAGCAGUCAGGAGCAGGUGUUUGUUGUUAUAUUCCCCCUGCAGAAGCUCAGCUGCACUCUCACCUUGAGUGUCUGUGACGUCUCCCGCUCUCAUAUCCAUCCCCUCUCUCUCUAUAUAUAACCCUCAUGCUACAUUGAACUGUCAUCAUAUCCUUAAAGCGCCUCCUCUAAUAGGCCCGCACAUAAUGAGCCGCGCUGCCAAAUGCGCUCAUUUCAUUUCCACUCCUGGUUAAUGGCGUGUUCAAAAUGCUAUUGAGGUAGAUAAACAGGUGCUUCAUUCACUCGCUCGCUCUGUUUUCUAACCGCUUCUCUCUGUCCUCCUCCUGUUUUAGUGCCAACCGGGCUGCCUCACCAUCCAGAUCCGAACCGUCCUGUCCGUCUUCCUCGCUCUGCUCACCUACUCCGUAACCCAGGCCUGCGUGGUGAGUCCGAGAUAUCCGACCAGAUAUAUCGACAGCUGCGAGACAAUAUUGUGAUGAUGAACAUAAUGGAGUCGGAGCACUCGAGUUAGAGGAGUGAGAAGAAGAAGCAGAGUCAUCGUUUCAUUCCCCAUCCUGUUACAAAGUCUCUGCAGUACUUGAGUUGGCAGAUUAAUGCUUAACGGCUGAGCAGAUGGUGCUGCAGAUCCUCCCAAGAAUAAAACAUUUAUUGUUCGGGUGUAAAAUACCCAUUAAGAUCUUUUAAACGCAAAUUGGUUGGUGUCAGCAUCGGUUCUCGGUGUGUAUGUGUGUGUGUGUGAGGCAAAGGUGAAGCAGGCGUCAGGGGGGCAGUGAGCGGCUGUUCCCUGUAGCUACAGCCUGUGAGGGUUUUAAUUAUUGGUUAAUCAAACCUGUGUGUGAGUGUGUGUGUUAAAAAGAGAGAGAGUAGGAAUGUGAGAGUGAUUGUCCGGGUGUGUGAUUUUUAAUUACGUCUACUGAACGUCCCAGAUCAGUCGGUGGAACAAGAGCCUGGAGAUCUGCUCACUUUUUUACAAAACAGACUUUUUAAAAAGUUGAAGAAAAUAUCAGCAUGAACUUAGAGGAAGAGUGAUUUGACCGCUUCUUUAAACAAACUCGCUUUAGCCGACAUUUUUCAAUCAAUCAAUCAAAUUUUAUCUAUAUAGUGCCAAUUCACAACAGUCGUCAUCCCAAGAGCAAGAGCAGGUCUAGACCACGCUCAUCGUUUGAUGAAUUAUCAAGACCCAAACUAAGAUGGGAUUUGGACCAUCUCAUCGAACAUGAGAAGAACUUCCUUCUAACAGGCAGAAACCUCGAGUAGGACCAGACUCAUGCUGGACUCAUGAGUUAUCGUGUCGUAUUUGAGGUUUUAGUCUAGGAACACAUCUGAUCAUCUCAAACUCACUGCAGGUGUCUCACAGGGUUCCCUUUUGGGACGAGUGUUGGGCACAGUAGUUCUUUUAGAUGUACUGAAUCACUAGAAUCGGUUCACUAAAAAGAUUCGUUCAAAAGAUUUGUUCACUUCAUUCAGCUCUUGGUGGGAGGAGCCUCCGACUCUGACUUCCUGAACUGAUACACAGCUGAACGGUUCAGGAUUCAGUUCAGAUUAAAGCUUCUGGGACCAGGAAAUGAGAGUAAAUGAGACUCAGUGAAUGAUUCAUUCACUGAAUGUUUACCCCACAGUACAAUCAGUGAGGAAUUCAAACUGAAGACCGUUCCCUCGCAAAUCGCCGUUAUGAUAGGAUCAGUCACGCAUUUCCCAAACGGCGGCUUUUAUACACUACUUGUUACACGCUGUGUCCUACUGAAUCCGUUAAAACAAGAGUCAUCAUGAGAGUGUUUCCCUCAGACAAAAAUGAUUCCAGAGGGUGCAGGUCACUGCGUGAUUCGUUCACUAAGUGAUUCAGGUGUUGGUGUGUGCAGUCCCUUGCUCACCCCUCAAUGCUGCGUUCUAUUGCGGCUGCGCUACUGACAGAUCAACUGAAGUGAAAAACAAACAAAUCACUUGAUGAAGUGAUUCGGUUCUGUACGUUCACAAAAAAGAUUCGGUUCUCUUGAAUGAAUCAUUUACAAACGACACACCACUAUUUAGGACCCAUUCUGUUCCUUAUUUUUAUAAGUGAGCUGAGUAAGAACGAGUCAGUCAAAAAUUCACCUCUAUGCUGAUGAUACCAUCAUCUCUCCCUCUGUUAUAAAAGCAUCAGACAGGAUUUCACAGUUUAUUCACAGUCUUAAUGGAUUUAAAUUUAGUUUUAAAAGCUCAGAAAUGAAAAGUUCUCAAAAGUUCAGAAUCAAAAAGAGGAUUAAUUUAAUAUUUCACCUCUAAUUUCAAGUCACUUUUUCAUUUCUUCAUCCCUCUCCUCCAGGUUGGAUGUGUUCCUUGGGGCAGAUUUGGGACAAACUCCACCCGCUCUGUGGAGGGCGCCCCUGCAGACUCUCCCCCCGGGGUCGGACCUCCUAACAGCACUGCUGCAGACAGAGCGUGCACCAACAUGGCGUACGCUCUGCUGUCCUGCGUCGCCGGCACCCUCACCGUCGUCCCUUACCUCCGAGUGUCCUCACUGCCCAAGAUCCUCCUGCUCCUGCUCCUCUCUGUCACCUACACCGUCGUCAUGGAGACCAGUGGAUAUCGGCAAGCUGUGGGGUGAGACGGAGCUGCAUGUGAUGUGUGGUUAGAUAUGAAGAAAGAGGCGUGUUCGUGGUCACAUUUGAGGUUUAGGACUGAAUUAUUAAAACUGAAGCGUGAUGGUUUUCUGUGUGUGUUUCAGAGGAGGGUUCCUCCACACUCGCGGCUACGACCCGGUCCUGGCUGUGUUACUGUUUUGUGGAGCUUUGGCGCUGCAUUCGAGACAACUAGACCUGAAGCUGCGGCUGGACUACCUCUGGGCUACUCAGGUGAGCGCAGGUCUGAUAUGAGGAGAGAAGGAGCUGGUUUGAAAAACGUAACGCAGUAUUUCAGUGAUGCUGCCAAAGCGGCAAAGCUUCAGUGUCAAACAAAGCGGUGAGGCCGCCCUCGCCGGUGUGAAAACAUUUCAUCACCUGCAGUAAACCGAGGCAGUGCUGCUGAUCAGGCUCUGGGGUUUUAUGUCAGCUGUAAAGAAGAAAAGAGACAAAACCAAACCUUAAAAGAGAUGAAACCAAACCUUUAACGCCUCAGGAGGAAUUUGUUGUGAGAAAGCACGAAUGACAAAGACAAGAACAGUGAAAUUUAUCUUAACAUGGAUUCAGAUGUCUGGAGAUAAAUAGUUAAAACCUUUAAUCUUUUCUGCAGUGAUUAUAUAAAUAAGGAGAGACAGAUUCACAUUUGUUUUAUAGUUUUAAUGACAUAAAAAAACUUUAAUGUAAAUGCUUGAAAAUGUUGCUGCAAGUAAGGUUGAAUCGUGUCAUUUUCUGUGUAUUUUCUGCUCUCUCUCUGUGUUCCUGUGCUUCAAAUAUUCCUCCAAGCACAAAAUAAUUAGAAAUAAAUUAAAAUCACAAUUAUACAGUUGACGCUCAGUUAUAUUUGGAUGUUUGAUGUGUGCCACAGUCACAAAUGCUAACUUUGGCCACCCUCCCUCACAUAUUCUGAGCUUUUAUCGAUCAAUCAAUCAAUCAGUCUUUAUUUAUAAGGAUAACUUUUAUACAAAACCAUGAAGCACAAAGUGUCAUACACAAAAAAAGGAAUAAAAGAAACAAAGAAUCCCAAAUCUACCCCACCUCACGAUCUAAGCACAAUAGAAACAUUUAUUAACAUACAUUAACUUGAAAAGGGCCGAUUUCUUGAAACAGGAAUGUGCGCACUGAGGAAACGCCAUUUUAAAAUUCAAGAUAAGGAAACACUGAAGGUUAAAAUCUAAAAACAAAGUAACAUAAAACGAAAUAUAAGAAAUUAUAAAUAAAAUAAAAUAAAAACAAGAGUAAAAGAUGCUAAAAUAAGACCACCAAAAUAGCUAAAUUAAAGACGAUCCUGUCAUUAAAACUAGAGAGAUAAAUGCUAAAACACUUAAACAAAGUUAAUGAUAUAAAAUUUAGUUCAAAGCAAGAAUGAAAAGGUAUGUUUUGAGUUUUUCAGAUUCAGAUUAUUCUAGAGAGCCUUAUUAAAUAACUUAAAGUAAAAGAAACCUCCUCUUGUUUAAAAUAAACCCUCAUACAUAGAGAGAGGUUGAACUGAUCAAACUUUUCUUAAUUUAAUGUUUAUUUUUAUUCUGCAUGUGUCUGAAUUGUGAGAGCAUGCUCAGUCUUGUCGAGUCCCACGAGUGUUUCUGCUUCUAUUUUUAGAAUGACAGUGAACAUUUGUCUUGUUUGCAAAUCAUUAUCUCCCUCUAGUGAUAAGACGCCGUAAUUACAUCUGCCUGUGAGCCACAAUAAAGGAUCUCCAGAGCUUCGGUUUCUCUGUGGAUCCACAGUCAGGAGUUCAUGUGUUUGUGUGUCCCUGAUGGUGUCCGCAGGCGGAGGAGGAGAGAGGAGACAUGGAGAAGGUGAAGCUGGACAAUAAGAGGAUCCUGUUCAACCUGCUGCCGGCUCAUGUGGCGCAGCACUUCCUCAUGUCCAACCCCAGGAACAUGGUGAGUGUCUGCAGAGGUUCGAUGGUUCAAAAGUGGGUCGAACAUGAAUUAAAUCCUCAUGUUAUUUGAUUUUAUUGGUCAAGAUUCCUGAAAAAAAAAAGGGUCAAACCAGGAAUUUUCACUUUUUGGGUGAUUUCCUGACGAUUUUUACAAGCCUAAGGAGGAACGAUUAAACAAUAAGAGCAAAAUUUUAAAAAAGUACUUUAUGGACUAAAGUUUUACUGCAAUGUCAGAGGGGUCAGUGUGCAGCCGUCCUCACUCACACACAUCCACAAGAAGAUAAAUAAGGAAAACAGGUUAAUGUCCAAAGGUUAAAUUAUCUGUAAUAAAAUACAAACUAAACAUUUUAAUAUCAGUAUCAGUGACUCUAAAGUAGUUUCUCUUUUACAGUCGAUCUUCAGUAAAAAUAUCAAGUUUAUUUUUUUUCCUAAAAGGUCAAAAUGAAUUAAAUUUCAAAAUAUAUUAAUUCAAGAUUCAUUACAGUUUGACUUGGAUGUUAAAAAUCCUGUUAUUUUGCAUUUUAAAAUAACCUUUCAGUCAAUUUUAACGAUGUAAAGUGUCUUGAUUUAGGAAUCAGGUGCAUGCAGUAAAAUCCGCUUUAUGAUAAUGAAAUAAAAGCUGCACCAGUGUCGCUGAAACCAUGACUGUGUCCGAAAUGAAUCACUCAAUCCCUAACCUCCAUUAUGGGGUUUCACUAUAUAUCUGACUAUGUAGUGAACUCAGUCACCGGAGGUUACGGACACUACAUGGCGCACUGUUGUGACGUCACUGCUCAGACUGCCACGUCUGAAGUUGCACCUGUUGUUUUCACAUCUCUUGAAUUUUAUGAUCUUGUAUAGAUGUUUUUGUUUUUCCAGGAUGAUCGUGAAAUAAAAAAAUUAUAAUAAAAAAACAAUAAAUUAAAAAUUUAUUUAAAAGGCCUUAUAUGACGCAGCAAAUGAUUGUUUUUCGAAAACUGAAUGGAUCACUUGCGAGUGAAGAUGAAAAACUUACGCUGAAAAUGACAAAUAGAGAUCGGGUUCGGUCUCUACCUGCUCUCGUCAUGAGGCCUCUCCUCCAUCUUUAAAUUGCCGCUGGAGACACAAUGCAUGACGGGAUGCCCACCACCGGUGAGUGACCAUCUGAUGGUCACUACAUUUUGCAAUGCUUUAUGGGAAAUUUUGAGUCGCCUAUAUGGGGCAUUGGAAUAGAUCACUCAGGUUUCAGACACCCCUCAAAACGGCGCUAACCCCCAUAUAGUCGCCUAUAUAGGGGUUAGGGAACGAUUUUGGACACAGCCAAUGACUGAGUUUCAAAGCGUUUCUAAUUCACACUAUUUAGAUAUUUUGAUUCAGUUUCUUUUGACUGAUCACCUGAGAUAUCUGGGCGAUGUUUUAAAAUCUUAAAAAGUGCAGAUCUGUCGUUAUAGCAGCAGGAAGCAGGAAGACUCUGCAGCAGACCAACUAUGGUGAGCCUGAAGGUACAAAAUAGCACAAAAAAAACACAAAAGAAUAAAGUAUUAAUUUCAGACCUGUACGCCAUGAUGAGGAGUUUUAUCUAGACUGAACAAAACACUGUUUCCAUGGUAAUAACUUAGAGGAAGUGUUUUGCUGUUAAAAGACAACAGCGUACCUGCAUAGACGAUAAAAGCAGAGGCCCAAAUCUGUCACUUUUCACCAGAGCAUCGUCUGCUCCAGCAGGUCAUCCCGUCUUUUUUAAGAUGCGGCAGAAAUCUAUGUCAGAAGCUGAAUGUACGGCGGAGGAACGCCCCACAUGCCCUGGAGGUGUUAAUGUGAGAAAAUAUCUCAGCUGUUCGGGGACAAUGGCGCAGCUUCCCCCCUCCAUGUGUUGGAGUGGAAGUGUGAGCUGACAGCGCUGUGUGUUUCUGUAUCCACUGAUUGAUGAACAUCCCCUCCACUGAUCUCGGUUCCUUCCUCGACCCCCUCUCCCCCCCUCUGGCAUUUUUUUCAGGAAGUGAUGAAAACAUACAUCCUUUGAGGAAAUUCACGGCCUCUCAGGAGGACCGGCUCAGUUUGUAAACACUGAGGCUGCGUCCACGUUCUUCACACUGUGUACUCGGAGUGUGGAAAAUGUCUCUCUGUUGGAUAUCGUCUAAAUUUAGUGCAUUAAAGUUAUAAAUAAACACACAAUAAAGACGGAGAAAUAAACAUUUCACCACAUCACCUGUUAGGACACAUGUUCAGUUACUGUGCUGCUUCAUGUCCUCUUCUAACAACACUGGAAACAGUUGGGAUCUCAGGUUCAGGGUCCACUUUGACAUAUUAUUUAGUUCGAGGUGCUUCAUGAUGAUUGCCAAGUUUAGCAGCAGGGCUCUUCUACUGCAGAGCUAUACUGUUGUGACACAUGUGCAACGUGGUUUGGCAAUGCGAGGUCUUUCCUGCAUCUCUGAGCCAUCCAGGAUUCGAGUUUUUUAGCCGUGUGCUGCUGAAGAGCUGGAGGGUCCCCCGCUUCUUCAGCAUGGCGGAUGUGACAUCCAUGAUUUCCAAAAGGAAGGUCAGAUAUUGAUUCAUAGUCGCCAUCCUCCCUGAACCACAUUUAUACGCCGAUAUGAUUGUGCAUCCCUAAUAUAAAUAAGUAAAUUAUAUCAUAUUAGGGUUGUCCCGAUACAACUUUUUGACUUCCGAUACAAUACCGAUAUUGUAGCCUUCAAUAUUGAUCGAUACCGAUAUUGAUCCGAUAUUGGUGCAAAAUUGGGCAUGACAAGUUUUUCACUCAGCUGUAACAUCUUUUUCGGACUUCAACCAAAAAUACCACCACAAGGCAAACAUCACUCUGACUCCUUUGUUCGUACCUUAGUACACACUGUUGUUGUGAUUUUGAGUGGAGUCUAGAAUGGACUGCUUGUAUCAGAGUGGUGAUAUCAGAGAUUUUAGAUGCAGGCCGAUAAAAUCCAAUAUUUGUUUUUUUGCUGAGGACUGAUAUAUCAAUAUCGUACCGGGACACCCCUAAAACAAACUAAAAUAUUUAUUCUAAAAUCAGUUUUAUUCUCAGAAAGUUACAGUUUUUCAUCUGGACUUGUUUAGAUUUUCUUUGUAUUUUGUGCUUUUUAAGUGGAAAAUACUGUAUUUUUUAAUUUUCUGAGAUUUGAUUUUAGUUUAAUUUAGCGCAUACUAGAACGAAAUAUGGUAAAAAGUGUAGUAUUUAAAGUUAAACAUAGGACACCAAAUGGCACUACAUUCAGAGGUCUUCAUUUGCAUCAGGAACAAACUAAAUAAAACAUUAAGUUACACGAUAAGUAGAGAUGAAGGCUGAACAGCCAUCGAUCCUAAACCCUCCUAACAUUCGUCGCUCCGUUCAUCAGACGCUGCAGAGACUGUCUAAGCCUGAGAUUAGUAAACACAGGGGCAGGAAGUCUGGAAGGAUGUUUCCGGCACAUUGGUGACCCCCUCAGAGCUGCAGAGUAUAGAAAAGCUUCCUCUCUUUCCUCUGGGCUAAAGUUCACUCACACACUGUAUUCAUAACACGACACAGUGGGACUCUGCUGCCUGGAACAAAGUUUGACCUGCUGCAUCACAAUGAUUGGAAAAACGGGUUUUAAUCUAAACACGUAUUUCUUUAUUGUGGACGAACUCGACCCAUAAAGGCCUGAAAGCUUCUGUUUAUUUCCACCUUUAUUCUAUACGUGAAGGACCUGGUACCAAAAGUCCUAAAAUCUGGAUCCUGUCCAGCAGCUGUAAGACCUAAAAGGAUUUCUUAACGCUGUUCUUUCCAUGUUAAAUCCACUCCUGAAUAACAACAUCAAUAAAUCCUCGCGGUGUAAACACUUCUUUAAAAAACAGCAGUGUUCCAGCUUUUUUCUUUUCUGAGCAUAACCAGUGUUCAUGAAUAUUUCUGUACGAGCAGACUUCAACAAAACGGAUGGCGCAUGCAUAAGUAAAAAGCCAAAAUAGUGAGUGCGACGGGGGACACUUCAUCUUAACGCAAGGGCAAAAAUAUCGGGGUCUUUUUUCCAUCACUGAAAGAAAAUUAAAUGUCAGCUGGAGACAUUCAGCAGGAAUUGAUGGACUGCAGGACGGAGUACGGGUGCUCAGUUUGAGGGGGAAAAAAUACUAUUAUAGCUCUGACCUCGAUACAAUGAAAGUGAAAACAACCACAAUGCAAUGCGUCCUCCUGAGAGAGUUUGUCUGUCACAGCUGUUUAUCCAGAAAACACAUUUUUCUGAGCAGGAAUGAAAACUGUAUUUUUACUUCUCAUUCCUCUACUCAUGAUUUCUGGUUUUUAGGCUCAUAAAUUAGAGGUUAAAUACUUGAUUAUGAUUGGUCUAAACCACAUAACAGCAGGGAUUCAUUCUCACCAGUCAUCUGAGCUGGAUUUACCAUAAAAGACAUCUUCAGUCUAAAGAUAUGGUUCUGCUUGUUAAAAUGCCAAAACGUUUUGAGACGGUAUAAUUCUUGUUUUUGUCACAGUCCAGGGUAAAACAAAAGAAAAUGCAGAAUAAAAAGGAUUUAUUCCAAAAGAAUUUAAACAACAAAAACUCAACUUUCAAAAAUGUCCAACAAAAAAAAAAUCCAAAAUCAAACAAAAGAAACUGGGGAAAAAAGGUGGAGACACUGGCAUUUGCACACCAUGACAAACACACAGACAAUGAAUUAACAGAGAAACAGAAGAAGACAAGGACUUCAUAUACACACAGAGAAAUGACCAACAGGUGAGACAAUUACAGAGGAGGGAAAACUGAGGAAGUAAAACUAGAAACACAGGAACUAAACUACUACAAAAUAAAACAGGAAAUACUGAAGACUGAUAAAGAGAAUGAAACACUGAAAACACGAGGGACACGGGGUCAGAAACAAACUGAAAACUACAGGGAACAGGAACACAAAGAAAAUAGAGUCAAAGAAAACAACACGAGGAGAAAACUGAGUUAACAAAACAUAUCGUAACAGUUUUUUGUUUUUUUUAUUGUAGAGAUGAACGAAACAUAAAAUAUGUUCAGGACAGGGUCUGAAUUAAGUCCCCCAAAGGGUUUUCUGCAACCCUCCACCUCCUGUCUUUGUGUUUGUGAACAUAUGGGUAAGUUAAUAUGGAUUAUUAUGUGAAACGAUAAUUAACCUUAACUAAACCAAACUUAACUGAACCAAACUAACGAAACUGAUUAAACUUAAACCUAACCCUAAUCCUAACCCCUAACCCUAACUUCCUUAACUGAAUGACUAAAAGUCACCAAACUAAAUUUAUUAACUUUUCCUACUAAACCGCACUAACUAAACUAAACUAAACAAAGCUGUUAAUUAACUAGACUAAAUGACUAAACUAAUGUAACUAAAAAUCUUAACUAACCUAACUUGAACAAACUGAACCAAACUUUUUGAACUAAACUACUAAAACUUACUAAAACUUAACUCAACGCGACAAGACUUAACUACAAUUAAUGAACUAAACUCAAAUAGAAAAUGAACUAAUCUAACUAAACUUAAACGAACUGAACCAAAUUUCUUAUACUAAACACUCACGUUACUUAACUAAGCUGGGUAAACUGCAAGUACUGAACUUGCUAAACUUACUGAACUUUACAUGACUAAUUAAACCUUACUUAACUUACUUAACUCAAUAAAUGCAAACUUUCUAAACUUGACUAAACUCCAUUUCUGAUCCCUGACAGUCUGAGUCUUUAGAAACCAGGAAGGAGUUUCUAAAGUCCAGUUCAGAUAAAAGUGAGCUCAGUACUGGCACUUUUACUCGCUGCCUCUAAAAUGUUACAGCUGCUACUUACUCCUCUUAUCUCCUGUCAAGAUAAGGAGGCUAAUCAAUCCAAUGUGAGUCAGACGAGCCUCUUCUGAGCAACUUUUUCCAGCUGCUCCUCCAGUCUUCCCAGGCCAGAUGAGUUAAUAAUUCCUCCGGCAUGUUCUCGGUCUUCCUCGGGGUCUCUGACAUACCCUGAAAACCUCCAAAGGGAGGCGCCCCUGAAGGAUCCUGAUCGGUUUCCAAACAAACCACUACAGAUGGCUCUGGUCCAAACUCUCACUGGAUUUACAGGUUCCUCCUCACCUCAGCAGGUGGAGUUGAACCUCGAUCAUGUGGUUACUGGUCUUGGUCUACCAAUAAACUUCCCACAUAUUUCCAUUUGGUUGGAUCUGGAUAGGAAGUUCAGACGUUUGGCCAGCUUGAGUUGAUGUAGGACGCUUUAACAUCAAGCUAAUCUUUACAUCCUGUGGGAGCGUAACGGUUUGAUCAUGACUCUUUUUUUCCCACGGCUAAUUUUUGAACCACCAGAUGAAGCUCAGAUCAGAGUUUUGACCCUGUAUUCGUCUUCCCUUCAGGACCUCUACUACCAGUCCUACUCUCAGGUCGGCGUCUUGUUCGCCUCCAUCGCCAACUUCAACGACUUCUACAUCGAGCUGGACGGGAACAACAUGGGCGUCGAGUGUCUCCGGCUCCUCAAUGAGAUCAUCGCCGACUUUGAUGAGGUCGGUAGACUCAUCGUCCCGUCAUAAAUCUAGAUCAGAAUUUUCUGUUUCUCUCUCUCUCGCAGGUUUCUUUGGGGAUUUUUGGGGAAACUCUGCAGCAGCGCGACCUCGAUAACGUCAUCUCCAAAGACGACACUGUGGCCAGAAAAAAAAAAAAAGAAAAAAAAUCUGUUUAUUGAUGCAACAUGAUAAGCAAUGGUUGCGGUUGGGAAAGUUCUGCAAAAUAAGGAAUUAGAAACAGAUGAGUUUGAGCUUGAGUGGAUCUGUAAUCAUCAGUGUGAAGCAUUAAUUUACUAAAUGAUGACACUGUGGCCGUAUCUGGAUGGACUGCAGAAAAAUGUUGAUUUGUUUACUAGAAGAAGCGAUGAUAAAUAUGCUCUGAACUGAACUUUCUUCUCGUUUCUUCUUUGCAGCUGAUGGACAAAGAGUGCUACAGGGACAUUGAGAAAAUCAAGACUAUUGGCAGCACAUACAUGGCUGCUGUAGGGCUGGUUCCUACGACUGCCUCCAAGGUACACACGCAGCAGCAGCUAAAUUUAGACCCUGCAUUAGUUUUCCGUGUGUGUUUGCAGAGUAUUAGCAUGUUUCUAAACAGUUCAGAGUGCACUAUUUCAGGGUAGGUCUUUUCUGCACGACGAUAUUUAGAACACUGUCACGUUUCACUCUGCAAAUCCUCUUCGAGGGAUUACCCGCCUCGGUGGCGUCAGCAUGUUCCACAUUCAUAAAGUUUCUUUGGUGAAAAUCCUGCAAAGCUGAUAAACAAAAGAAGCUUUUUGCUGCAAAACUUGACGCAAAUGUGAUGGUCGCAGACGUGAUUGAACUUGGAGGGAAAACCCUGGUACAUGGUUCUCGCGGUCUGAAGGUGCUAAUGUGUGUAAGACCGAACAAAAGGGAUCUGUAGCUGGAAAAAUACAGCUGUCUGCAGAUUUAUUUACACUUCAGAGAGAGAACACAGAGUUUCCUCCUGAUCGAUCACAGAUGUUUGCAAUGAUAUUGUCUGUAUAUGAUUAACACAUCUCAGACUACCAGAGUCAUGCUUCACUAAUAUCACAGAUAUAAAGAAAUGUGACUCUAAUCUUAAUUACUGACUUGUCUGGACAUAAUCUUGAUAUUAAGGUUGAUUGGAUGAGAGAGAUAUUUGUGUAGAUCAGGAUUGAUAGGGUGACCAUACGUCCUCUUUUACCCGGACAUGUCCUCUUUUUUUGGGGGGCUGUCCAGGUUUGUCAAGGGAAGUUUAUAAAAUCCUUCAAAUGUCCACGGUGUUGUACUUAAGUUUCAAGUCUUUGUCGCGUGGACUUACAGAGUUAGAAGCAUGUAAAAGACACUCGAUCCAACUCGAAAAACUCCCAAAAUGCUAAAUUUCGUAGUAGCAUGCAGGUUUCUCAGGUGAGUGUUGGAUUAAAAAUUGUUUAUCUUGUUUGGUUAGAGUUCCUUAAAUAUUUGUCAGAUCUACAGAUACCAUGAGGACCUCGUGUAUGCUGUGUUUUUUAUGUCAACUCAAUAAGCUAGUUUAGGCGGGAAAAUCAAGCUGCACUGAUUUCACCCUCAACAAGUGUUGUUCUCGCUGCAGGAUUUCCAGUUUCUGAUGUUACCAGCACUGCCAUGCAUGAGUGCUGCACUCAGGUUUUCAGCCUAGCAUCCAAAUACGAUAAUUAUUGUACACCUGGCAACCCCGGCUAGAGGUGCUACAUUUACUGGUGUGAGACACACUCUGCAAACAAAUACACCUCGUUCACCUGCAGACUUCAUAAGCUCUUUAUUAGCGUUCUUUAUUGUGUUAUUCUCAGUUUAGACUAUUUUUCUUUAAAUUUUCUGUUUGGACAACUAGAAUUUUAUCGCGUGAAACAACCCCGACGAUAACAUUAUGUCGGUGUUUUUUCUUUUGUUUACAGGCAAAGAAGUCCAUCACCUCACAUUUAUGCACAGUGUCCGACUUUGCCAUCGAGAUGUUUGACGUCCUGGAUGCCAUCAACUACCAGUCAUACAACGACUUCGUCCUGAGAGUAGGUAAGGGAAAAAAGAAACCCACGCUCCCAUACGCACACUGGUCUAUAUAAACAUCGCUCUGGAAGCUUGUGACCUAUUGCACUGGACACCGUGGACGCUCAGUGCCGGUAAGUUCUGGAGGAAAUGCAUCACAGAAAGAGCGCUCCCCUGCAGGAAGCUCGUCACAGCGAGACCUGAAGUUCUAGGUUCCAUUGUGUUGGGUAUCCUGUGGGGAGCCUGCAGCAGGAGCUCGUGUUUAAUCCCAGCACAGCCUGGUGUACACAAUGCCAUCCUGUCUGCAGACUGAGGGGCUCCAUGUGGAAGAACUGCAUAUGUUUGUGUUUUUGGCUGAACCCUCUUUUGCAGAAACGCAACAUUUGGGAAUCUGAGUUAUGUUGGAUUUCCAGUCAGGACAGAAAAACAAAGAUUGGCCCCGUUUUUUAUUUGGUGUGCACAUGCCGUUCUGUUGUCGUAACCUCUGAAACCUCCAAAACCGUGUCUGUAAAAAUGAAGCUGUGUUAUCUCAGUGGUGCAGACGUGCAUUGUCUUAUACAUUUUUUCAUCCUUAACAUAUGCAUGACAUGACAGCAGAGAGCAGGAGAGCAGCGUUUGGUGGAAGGAACUCGUGGUGCGUUGUGCAGAAUGGGUCAUGUUUACAUUUACACAUUAGAAAAUAUAUGAAAUGGAUGACUAAGCGCACGUUGAACAGACGUAAGACAGUCAGAUGGAUAUUAUCCACUUAUCUUAUGACUCAAUUCAUUGAUGCAAAAUGAAACUAAUGCACCAAAUCCUCUUUGAAAACACUGAGAGAUUACAGCGUAUAGGCUUGAUUUAGGGCGCAAGUAACCUUUGACCUUUGGCAACUAGCGUCUAGUUUAAGUGUCCUUAUGAAAUCAGAGCAUGCUCUGUGCAGCUAGUUAGUUGCAUCUUGCAGUAGGGGUUACACUUACCCCCAAUUUCCACUGUAUCUGGAACAGCUACGCAGCUGAUCGUAACCAUUCAAGUUAAUGUGUCAAUUUCCACCGGCUUCUUACUAUUCCACUGCAGAUCACCGGACUCCACAGCUUUACAGCUUUUGUCUUUAUAGAGACAACUCGUUAUUGCGCGAUUGCAUGUGAAUCCGCGGGUUCUUGUGAGUUCUCGUGAUUCCUGCUGUGCGUAAUCCAGCAUGAAAUUCACCUCACAAAUGGAUCUGGUAGGAAUUGGCGGACGGCGAAAAUUGCCCCUGUUCUGAAUGCAGUGAAUAUUGGAGGUUACUUCUUACUUCUAUACCAGGUCGUGUUUCAACUCUGACUGUGUGAAUUCUAGGAAUCAACGUAGGACCGGUUGUAGCAGGAGUAAUCGGAGCCAGAAGACCUCAAUACGACAUCUGGGGAAACACGGUGAAUGUGGCGAGCAGGAUGGACAGCACAGGAGUCCAGGGGAAGAUACAGGUACUGCAGUCAUCAUAAGAUAAAGUAAAUCCUGUUUGUGUCAGGGGGCUUUGAGCUUUUCUAAACAUGCUCUGUUGAAAUCUAUUUAAAUAUAUGAAGGUUUUCCCCAUAAAUGUGAUUGUUUUUCAUAUUUAAUGUCCUCCCUGGUCUUUGCUGCUGCUCUUCCUCAUGUAUGAGUGUGAAACAGAGAGGAAGUGUGCUCUCCCAGCCUCAUGUCAUGCAUGCACAUUGAAAAGCGAAACGUGACUCAUUGCAUGAAGAUAAUUACUUUGAUUAAAGCGUUUUAAGCUGCAUGUGUGAUGGAAAAUCAGAGUUUUUCACUUUGACUUUAUCUGCCGGCUGAUGGUGAAACAACUUGGGGGUGAAAGUCAGAGAGAUUCACGGUGAGAGUGGGUGGAGUGAUGACAGGGUUAUGCACGGGCCGCACAGCUGCCCCCUGUCCUUUAAACCAACCAGACUGGAUGAAAUUAUGAGCGCUCGUUUACUCUCUUACAUUUCCUGCUCUUUUGUAUUUGUUCUGAAGGUGACGGAGGAUGUCCACCGCCUCAUCACAGAGUACUACACCUUUGUUUGCCGCGGACAGGUGAGCGUGAAGGGCAAAGGUCAGAUGCUGACAUACUUCCUAGAGGGACGUCGACCAGGCAGCCGGCCGGUUCACAGCCAGCAGCAGCAGCAGCAGGCAGGCGGCUCGGAGCGCCGGUCCAGCGCCUUCAACCACGGCAGCGUGUGCACCAAACUGAGCCCUGGACCCACCGUUACGACCUACGCCUCCAUCAGGACCCCCAGCCCUAGCACAACCAAACCGACCACGUCCACCAGCACCUCCAGGUACCUGCCCUCUGUUCCCACAGCCAUGGUAUGACGGGCGCUGAAUCGAGAACGAGAGAGAGGCCUGUUGAGAGAGGAUGUGGACACUCCUCUGCUCCGGAUACAGAGAGGAUGAUCGCCCGGUGGGAGGCCUGGACUCGGAUCUAGACUGUUUUUCAGGAGUCUGAGACGAUCAGAUCCUCACAUACGGGCUCACAGGAUGCUUUAGCCACGUUGCUCUGUUAUCACGCAGCAGCCGAGAGCGUCUCCACGAUUUCAGAGCCAGCUCCUAAAAACUGCAUCCACAACAACGACGAUGAUAAUAAACAAACGAAGAGUGUAGCAUGCAUCCGGAAAAUUCCUUUAAUGACUUUAGCUGACCCUUUUAUCUCAGUGUAAAACCAAAUCAGUGCUGUUGCCUUAGCGACCACUCCUCACAAUGAGUUUCAUGCCAUUUUUCUUUUUUCUGUUGUUGCCUUUUCAGAUCCUUUAUUGAUUUAUUGGACGUGUUUUUUAAAGCCAAAUGUACAAGUGUAAACGGCGGUUCGUAGUCAAAAGUUGCCAAAAUACGACGGGGCGUUGCCUUCAGUUAUUCCCAGGUUGGCGAUGCGUUUACAUGUCCUUCACUUUCACCCUCUUUCGGCACACGAGGUGGACUUAUUAUUAUUAUUUCUGAUCUUGGAUUCCUUGAGCGGGCCGCUCCGGCUCAGCGUCUUUAAGUGCAUGAUGCCACUGCUGCAUUUCUCAGUCAUGUUUGCUGUCUGUUUCCCUGUGAUGCUUGACUUCCAGAUUCUUCCUCGUCUUAAAAGUGUAGCAAUAAGAAGCGGUUCGUCUCCUAUCUCAGCCUCCUCACCUCCUGCAUGCUGUAGCCGGCUGGAUCCUCUUUUUUGACCUGAUAGUGUAUGUAGCCAAUAGAGUGUGUGUAGCUAGCAACACCAGUCUGUAUCUCUGUGGAGCAUGACCUAGAAAGUUAUUUUCUGUAUCGUACGAGUGUGAAUCCUUCCUAACAGGGGUAUAUCUUUAAAAAAACAACUUUUUUUGUGUUUGUUUAUUAAUAAGAACUAUUUUCUAUGGUUGAAAUAUUCAGUUUGACUAUUUUUAUGAACUCAAAAGCUGCUUUGGUCGAGAGGAAAAAUUGCUGUUUAUGAGGAGACACCCAAACCUCGGUGUCUGGCUUCCUCGUACAAACCGAGAUGAUUUAUUUUAUGGUACAGCAUGCUACUCACAGUAAGGCUAACCACAGCCAUUAACUCUCCUCUAAUCUGUCCCAGCAUGCACCGCCUGCAAGCCUGUGGCUCCUGCAUGCAUGCUUUGAUGGAGCUAAUGCGGGCCGAGCGGCGGCGGCGACGACUCUGUUUUAAUGUAGUCCUCAUGCAUGCGCUCAAGGUAGGGGUCCUCUUGAAUGUAAGGUGCUUUUUUGACCCGUAUCUUCUUCUUCUUCUUCUUCUUCUUGAGUUUUUUCUGAGUGUACGAACAUUUCGAGGACAUUUUUUCAGGACGGUUUUAAAGACCAGGUGCGGCGCGGGGCGGAUCACUCCUCCUCUUCCUCCUCCCCGCUCCUGCAGGUAGCUCGGUUUCAAAUGUGCCAACCUAUUUUCAUAAACAUAUCAGAGUUUUUCUCGUCGAGCUGUAGCACAGAUGAAUGUGUGGCUACAGCUGUCGUUAGUUUGACUUUCUUUUCUUUCGCUGUUGUUGAAUGCCUGUGUUUUUUGAGCCGUUACUGGACAGUUUUGUAUCUUAAAAUUAUGGCAAGUGUUGAAAUUCUGAGCGACUAUAACCUGACUGAAACGAUGUUGUUGUACUUAUCAUAUUUAAAAUAGAUUUUCAAGUCUAUACAGUAGCUUGAUUGCCUAAUUUCAGUUUCUAAGAGAUUAAAAAUGAGGAUUUUUAUACUCAGCUGAUGACGGAGUUGACGGAAAGGAGUCGUGUACAAUAUUUUUCCUGUAAAUUGGAUAUUUUCAUACUGUAUGAUACGGGUUUCAUUGUUAUAUGUAGGUAUUACUAGCUAUUAUUGUACAUUGUAGAGUCUUUUUCAGAGAUAUAUAACAAAUGACUCCAAUAUUUGUCAAGUUCUUUUGUUGCAGAUGUAUUUAUUGAGAUGUUUUAUGUGAAUGUACAUUUUGUUAAAGAUGAUAUUUUAUACUAAGUGUUUGCACUGCGAUGAUAUUGACGUAUUAAGGUUAUAAAAAUAAAGCCAGAGGGGAUGUGCCUUCUGAAGUAAGAGGGCU